GGCUCUCUCCUCAGUGAGCUCAUCAACCUCCUCCUCCAAGGAGGGAGGUGGCUGAGGCUCUGUCUAUUGCUGGUGGGUGGGUGGUUUCCAUCCUCAGCAUCACCAACCAAAGGAGGGGGGGGGGAUAGAGAGAGAGAGAGAGAGAGAGAGAGCAGUUGCUGAUGUUGUGCUCUGAAGCAACCUCAGUAGAAGGGAAAAUGGAUCCAGCUUGCACAUCCCUCGCCUUUCAACGCCUUCCCUUGGUCUCAGCAUGGUGAGCAUAAGCAACAGAGAAGCAUCGGCUUCAUCGCUGCUUUCCUUAAUCAUCUCUAAAUCCGAUGGCAAUCGAUAUUUGAGGUGUGCUCUGUACGAGCAUCCUAACCAUGUAACAAUGACUUUCAUCGGAGCCUCUGGAAAGGGUGGAGGAGGAAGGAUGGGAGGGGUGUUGUGGGAGAGAGGGGAAAGGAAGAUGGAGAGGGAUGAAGGCUGAUUAGGCGCCGUCUUAGGAAAUGCGGCUCAAAGAUUAAUUGCAACUGCCUUCUUGCCCGUAGAUUUAGCAAAGAAAGAUGCUUUUGUCUGUCCUUUUCCAUUGAAAUAUGGGAUGCCCUGUGGAUGUCUAUCAGCUUGAAAAUGCAGUUGUUAUUUCUGGGAUGUUUUAAUCCCUCCUUGUAAUUGCCCAAAUAUUGGGCUGGGCCUCAGCCAGCUGCAGUAAAGCCAGAAAUAAGCAAUGUCGGAUCCUGUCAAUGGCUGAUCGAUGGAUAAUGUUUACUGCUAGAGGUGUGUGUGUGUAUCAUUUGGAGGCAUUGCUGAAAGAUUCAGGUCGGAUGCAGUUGGUGUGUAGGUGUGUGUGUGUGCACACACACAUGUAUGCAUGCAUGCCACACACAUCUGGGUUUCUUUGUAGGUUUCUACCUACAGCACAUGUGCUGUUUUCCUUGCCAGUGAUUGAUUGACAAUGUCUUCCACUCAGGCUGGUGUGAGCUAUCUACGGCCUCUUGGUUUCAUUUCAGCCACUCGGGACGGAUCUAUGUCCUUCAUUUGGUGUGCUAUAUUGGCCUCUCUUGGUCACUACCCUCAUGUCCUACUUGGGGGCUUCCAAUAAAGAUCUGGUUGUCCACAGAAGACUGAACUAGGCAGGCCUUAGAUCUGAUCCAGAAGAAUUGCUCUUAUUACAUUUUUUUUAUGACAAUAAGAUAAAUAUUUAUCAAAUUUUAACUGAAUUGGUUUUUGGAGAGUGGGGGAAGAAUAGUGGCAACCCAUAUUGAGCAAACCUCCAUUUUGAUACUUCAGAACCUGAAAAACCAAAUCACUAUUUCUCCACACUCCCAUCUCCAUUCAGGCUUCCUGGAUGUAUGUAUCAUCUUGAAUCAUAGAAAGUAGGUUUUUGUUAUGAGAGAAUCACUGGUUUAACCCUGCAAUGAUUAUUUUGGUCAUAGUUUUUUAAAUGAGCACAUCUACUAUUGUAUACAUUCAGGGCAGAACAGUCAUGAUAUAUGUUCCAGGUCAAUUUAUAUUUUUAGUCUUACAACAGUAAUAAAUCCACAUAGCAGUGACUUAAAGAGGCAGAUUCAAAGCAUUACUUUACACUUCAUAGAUUUGAUGUACUGUGUGGGCUACUAUAGAUCCUGACAAAGCAUGGCACCAUAUAAGUCAACACUGGUUGUGAACCCCCAGUUCAUAGCAAGCAGUAUGUGCUCUCUGUAUCCAUGGUAAAUUGUAGGGUUUGCUGAGGUGAUCACUGAUCCUGAGGUUUAAAAGACACCUUGAUUCAUCUUUAUUUGGGACAACUGCUUAAGUAAAUCGAGGCUACAAGUGAGUUUUUAGAAAAUGAGAAAAUCACAAUCCAUAUCACUUUUUUUUCCUCAGAAGAAAUAACAGUCCCAUAGUCAAUAUGUUUGGUCUGAGUAGGAGAGGGUUCAAUAAAAGAACCCAAGUUAUUUGAGAUGAUCAUUUCUUAAAUCUUAUGUUUCUUUUGCACCAGUAAUGUGGCAAAUGUGGUAGAGGACACAGAAAUGACAGUUCUUGCUCGCUGGGCUCACAAUGAAAAGACGUUUCCAGCCAAUUUACUGUACAAUACAUGCACACUUCUUUCUCAUUCAUAGCACACCGUCUCUCUAGCUCCCCUCAAGAUACUGCAUUCUCCCACAAAUGCAUUGUCCUUUUUAGGAGGACACUUAAGAAUGGGAAGUGUGAAUGAAACAGACAGGGGUUUGAAAACACGCCAUACUCAAUGGAGAAUAAGAAUCUGCUGCUGAUUGGGUAUAGUUGAUGGAAAAAACCUCUUUCGGUUGUCAGACUGCUUUUAACAGAAUUCUGACCUGGGGAGAGGGGUUGUUACAGACCAUAGGGACCCAACCAUAAAACCAAAGUUAAAUUUAACCAUACAGUUGAAUAUGCUGAACAGGAAAAGAACGUAUGAACAGGACAGGCUUGGUAUUAUACAAAAAAAUAAAAAUACUAACCAAUCAAAUAAAUUUAUUUAACCUUGUCACUUCUACUUUCAUUCCUUAUUUAUUAUCUUUGGGGGUGGGAACAAAAGCUUUCUCCACUGUGGGAAGACCAUUUGAGUCAUAAUCCCUAUACAUAUGAUCUCCCUCGAGGAAUCACUAAAUUUUAUCACUAGUAAAGAACUAGACUUCUCCUAUCUGCUGUGUAUACUGCUACUAGGUUAGUUGUGUGCGAAAUGAUGCAAUGCAUGUAACUAGUAACCAUUGUUUGUGUCAGCAAGUCAUGGAAGAGCUGUGCAGCAAAGUGUGCUUUCUGCCACCAUGGAUGAGCAGAACAAUUUGGCAAGAGAGCCUAGGUAUGUCUUUGGAGAGGCAGAAGGAUGGGGUGAAAGGAACUUUGUCUCAAAACUUUUAGCAGUCAGAAUAUCUCUAGGCAAAGGUGCCCCCCCCCCACUUUCCUAGAUCACCAGAUGGAGGUGUUGAUACAAAAGGGAGAUGGCAGGAAAGAACUGGAGGAGUGGGGAUAAUAGGAUAGCCUUGCUGUCUUGUGCAGGUAACCAUAUUACUGUUCACCAUAUUUUUUAAAAAAAGAAAAGAGUUUUUGGAUCUGUUCACUCUUAUCAACCUACCCACUCUUUGAGAUCAGUGAGGAUGUCUAUGUAUUGUUCUUCACAGAGGGCAGCCCUCUGUUUGAAGAGCUCUCCGAGGACUAUUUGGAGGAAUCCUCUAUUUGGAGGGCUGUCCAGUCUGAAUUCCAUUCAAAGAACACCAAGGAGGAAGAGCAAGGGCCUAGGAAUUGCCCAUCAGUGGACUGCAGACUAAGCAGUCAUAUCAGACAUGUGAUCAGUCACAAUCUAUCAAGCCAGGGUUUCCCAAACUUUGGUCUCCAGCUGCUGUUAGACUACAACUCCCAUCAUCCCUAGCUAGCAGGACCAGUGAUGGAAAUUGUAACCCCCAAACAUCUGGAGAUGCAAGUUUAGGAAACACUGUUUCAAACUGGUGAGAUGCAUUUCAUUUAUUUUUUAAUUGCAGUAAUACUUUUUAAAGUUUUCAACUGCACAUUUGCACAUGCAAAAUUUAUGCAAAUCUGGCUCACCUCUUGCCUUUUUCUGGUGACAUGCUAAGAUCAGAUUAGGAGAUCCUCCCUGCAGGCCUGCUGGUGAGAUCAAUUCGGUUGGCUGCCCAUUGCCCCAAGGUCAAUGCCCCUGUACUGAAGCCCAGCAACCGGAGCACAGUCCCAUAGAGAUUGAGAAACAUCCAAGCCAAACUCCAUCAACAUGGGCAGUUGAGCAGACACAACACCUCAGCUCUGCUUCCCUUGUAUACUUUGCAUGCUGAUUGCAGCAUCUGGGCUUGAUGAGGCAGGUGACCUUCACCUGCUCCAAGCCUACUCCAGGAAUCACACACCUCCCAGAGCUAGUGAGCCCUUGCUUCCCUCAGCCUCCUAGAGAAGCACUCCUGCUGCUCCCUACGCUGCUUCAGAGCCCACCUUGUUCAUGGAGACAGGUGAUGGAUCCUGCUGCUCUGGUUUCUAUACAAUGACCUCCAUCCCCUCGCCAUCCUCCAUCACCCUGUGAGUACUUCCUUCCCCAUCACCUCCUUGCCCCAGUGUGUCCCAGUCCCUGUUAUCCUUCCAGUUCAUGACACUUGGAAUGUCCUGGGAAUGAGCCGGUGCUUAUGGCCAACUGAGUUUGAUGAAAGCACAGCACCCGAAGAUGCACGUUUUUUGGUACUGCGCUCUCACAUCCCAGUUUUCAUCAGGGGAGUAUUGAAGAGUGUGCCAUUCUGCUCCUCCAGUAGUUUUGCCUUACUGGAAUGUGUCCUUGAAGGUAAAUGGCAUUUCCAUGCGCUCUGGCACCGGCUCCCUCGGCCUGAAGCGAGAUGAGUGUCGCAACCCCAUAGUUGCCUUUGACUGGACUUAACCGUCCAGAGGUCCUUUACCUUUACCUAAUCCCCCUGGCUUGCAAGGAAAGGGAAUGUUGAGGUGUGUGUGCAAAAAUGUCUGACAUUGCAUGGUCUGUUGUGCAAAGGUUAGAAUCCCAUCCACCUUUGCCACUGACUCCACCCGCUGUUGGCAUGCAGCCCCUGGAACAUUGCCCACAAGAGGAUAUGGUCCUCAGGCUGAAAGAGGUCCCCAACCCUGGCCUAGUCAAACUGGCUUACAACCCAGCCAAUGGCUAAAUACAGUCUGUAUGUCUCUGUUUGGUAGGAAAGGAAAACAGCAGCUGAAAGCAGCUAGGUCCUUCAUUAAAUGCAUGAGAGGGUGUCUCAACAAUUUAAUUAUUAUUAAGACUGUAAUCCAGCAGGGAAGAGGAUGGUUUUUUUCUUUCAUUGCUACAAGAGAUGACUAAGCUUAUGGUACUCAUGUCAGGAAAAUAUAUGUAAUAUUACUAACAAAUUCAAGCCCAGAGCAAUGGUCAAAUUUAUGCUUCCACAACCCAUCACUUUACUGUAUUUCAUGGUAAUGUAUUCUGGAUAACAUUACAAUUUCACAAAUCGGUUUAUAAAUGCAUAUGUGGGCCUCAUAUUUCUACCACUGAAAUUGGUAUAAAUGCCAAAUAACUGGAACAAAAUUAGUGGAUCAAAUUCCCCCUUACAUUAAAGCUGUCUUCAGGUGUUCAGCCGUGAUAUGUGAGGCCAAAAGUGUGUUAAGCGGGUGGGGGAAACAUGGGUUGACUUUGCUGCCAAUGUCUCUGAGCACUGGACAUGCCCACUCUACCCCUGACCUUUGCAUGUUUAGAGCAAAGGUCUGUAAGGGGCUUGUUAGCAGGAACCCUGAAGGCUAAAAGGCUUACAAGCUCCCUUCACAACUUCACACCAAACACACACAAAGUUUGGGAGUGGAGAUGACAUGCCAAAAAUGUUGGAGGCAGGACUUAAACCUGCCUGUAUCUAUCCCUACAUGCCUUUUCUCUCAGGUGCCUGAACAGGGCUCCAAAUAUAUUCCAUACAUUUUCAUAGGAGUGUAGUUCACUGGCAAUGUAUUAACCACUUCCUAGCUGCAUGCUUUGCUAGCAUGUUAAGAAGAACCAUUUUGGUACCAGUUUUUAAGUUUGUAAUUUGGGCAAAUGUUGAUGCCUGAGUGGACCUCUUUCUUCAUAUACACCUCCCACUUGGUGCUAUGUUGAUUUCCACCCUUUGUCUCCUGUAAAGCAGAAGAUAAAUAAUGACUGGCAGCUCAAUUAGAAGGAAGCCUCAUUGAAUUAAGCAGGGCUUACAGAUGGCAGCCUGUGCCAAUAAAUGCACCCCAAGUACAUCAGGGUCUUUUUUGUGGUACUUGCUAUGGACACUGCACCCAUGGCAUGUACAUCUCUUGUAAAAAGUGCUCUUACCUAUGUCUGACUAUCAAACACAGGGAUCAUGGGGUGGAGAGAGAUCUUUUGUAAAGGAAUGCUCAGAGAUGCUUCCUGCCAGGUGCACAUAUCAUCCAUGGCUGCACAAAUUAUGACCCACCAGCCCAAAAUGCCAGCCCACCAGGGACUCAGUGAGCCUCUAGUUUUUGCUGCUGAGAACUGUAGUCAGAAGGCACUGUCACAAUCAUGACAGGCCACAUAACAUGGGUGCUGGUCUGCAUUUAGCUUGGUGGGUCAACUUGUGCUGGCCUGACCUACUUGCUUUACCUGAUAAGGUGGAGCUGAUUGGCUAUGAACAUGGCUUUUAGAACGCAUCCUAUCUCAACACAUUAAAGCUGGUAGUUAAUAAAAACAGGACUAGCCACACACACACACACACACACACACACACACCAAUUCCCAGAGGCUGCUAUGAAUUUCACUCUCAUUUCAGUGGAACAGGGAAUAUUGAUGAGCAGUCUAAUGCUACUGUUGACACACAUGCUGCCGCUGAUGAAUCACAGUGUAUAUAGCACUGGUGGUUGUGGAGGGAAAUCUUAACAGAUGUGGAUAACGACCAUCUAUCACUUAGCAUACCACUGGUUUCUUCUUGGUAAGUCACUCAGUGUUUCCUCUGCUUUACCUGCCAACCACCUCUCCCCAUGUGGACAGAACUAAAUCCUUCUUGUUAUGUCAUCAUUAAACCACUUGUAUGCAAAUGGUGUCCGUGAUUUACUUGUGGCUUGCAGAGUUCUUAGCAUGAAAGUGAUUAUUAUGGUACUGCAUAUACAAAACAAGACGUUCUUCAGCAGUGACACCAACAAGUCUACCCAAGUCACAUGCAGCGCAAAUGGAGGUGCUUAUAUCUCUACUUUGCAUUCACUAGUGGACACCAUGACAGCAACUAUUUCUGAUCGCUGCACAAAGCUCCCACUGGAGCACAACAAGCCAUCUGACAACUGUCCCCUUAUAGGAUACAGGAUCAUUUACACUUCUUAGAACUUCUUGCAACUUAAGGAGAAAAUACCAGAUUGCAUCCGUUGGCUGCAGUAAAAAUUCUAUCAUAGAUUGAACCCACCCUUUAUUUAUUAAAAAGCCAAUCAUUUACAAUUUUAAAUGCAUAGUGCAAAUGAGACCUUGAUCCCAGCAAGUGAUGCCAGUGACUGAACUCCUGUGGCCCUGCUGCUAAGAUGUGGUUCUUGCCCUGCAUUGGACACGAUCAUGAAACACUGUAUAACUGUGCCAGAGUUAUCUUAAGCAAGCCAGAGACAGGAGAAUUGGCAAGUUGCUAAGGUGGUGGAGGGCAUGAUGUCACAGGAAAAGAUGUCCUUUUUGAAGUGUAAAGGUGUUCUGGGAAAAAGGAGGAGGAUGUAGGCAGAACCAUAUUGGCACCUGCUGGAGGUGCCCAAAAACCAGGAGCCAUGACUGACCGUUGCUUGAGGAAGCUAUGAGUGCAGCAAUGAGACACUCUUAGGGCAUAGAAUCAUAGAAUCAUAGAGUUGGAAGAGACCACAAGGGCCAUCGAGUCCAACCCCCUGCCAAGCAGGAAACACCAUCAGAGCACUCCUGACAUAUGGUUGUCAAGCCUCUGCUUAAAGACCUCCAAAGAAGGAGACUCCACCACACUCCUUGGCAGCAAAUUCCACUGUUGAACAGCUCUUACUGUCAGGAAGUUCUUCCUAAUGUUUAGGUGGAAUAUUCUUUCUUGUAGUUUGGAUCCAUUGCUCCGUGUCCGCUUCUCUGGAGCAGCAGAAAACAACCUUUCUCCCUCCUCUAUGUGACAUCCUUUUAUAUAUUUGAACAUGGCUAUCAUAUCACCCCUUAACCUCCUCUUCUCCAGGCUAAACAUGCCCAGCUCCUGUAGCUGUUCCUCAUAAGGCAUCGUUUCCAUCGUUUCAUAGGGCAUAACAUUCUGCACCCUCUCCAUUUACUUUGGGUGUAAAUAUGUGUAAAAUAAACCGUAUUUCUUAAAGACACUGGCCUCCACUGUGCCUAGAUUUCCCCAACAGAAACACAAACCUGGGUGUGCAUCUAGAACCCCCCUGGAAUCUUGCUACUGCUCUGCAGAAAUUGAUGGUGGCGUGCAACCUUCAUAACUAUAUAUAGAGACGGGUUGGGGGGAGAGAGUGCUUCUCUGAAUGUUUAAUUUCUUUGAAACAAAACUAUGUGGCUUACAAAUGCAAGCUAUAAUUUUCCAUGUUCCCUGUGGAGAAAGAGGGACUGUUCAGCUAUUUUGUCAAUUAGCACUAAAAAUACCUUAUCAAAAAUGUGUGGGUUUUGCUUACUCUCUCUGUGGUUCUUGCCUGAGAAAAUCCAACAGCAGCAUUAUUGUUUUCACUUAAUAUCCGCCGUGUUGUGCAGGAGGAUAGGUGGUCCUGUGUCCUACUUUACGGAUCCUGGCCCGUCUGGUUGCAGUCUUACCUACAGUAAUGAGACCUAUUGUAUUUCGAUUUGAAUUAUUGCAGUUAUUCCUAAACUUGUACCUAUACACAGAAAUUGGCAUUUGCAAAUGUUAUGCUAAUAUGUACUUCUUUUGCUUUUUUUUUUUUGGGGAUUAUUUACUUUUUUUUUUAAUGAUAUUUAUUCAAAGUUUCAUCUAUUACAUAAAGUCCUUUAUUUAAAAAGAAAAAGAAUAGAUAAUAGAAUAAGAAAGAAAAGGAAAAAAAUUAUAAAUCUCAAAUUUCAACUUUCAUUUUACUUGGUUCUUGAACCUCCUCGCGCCUCUCUCUUUGUAUUCUAAUUUAAUUUGUUAUUUCAGCAAAUUCUUCCCAUAUUUCUCAAUUUUAAUUUAACUAAUUAAUCUUCACAAUCUAUCUUAUUUGUUAAUCAACAUGGCCUUUCCCUCAUUUAAUAUAAUCUGUUAUUCAAUUUUUGUAUUCUUUAACCUUAUCUUAUCUUAAAAAUCUUAAAAUUUCAAAAUCACAUCACAUUCCACCACAUUUCUCAUAAAAUCAUUUCUACUAAAGCCAAUUUAACAGUUCCUUUCCAGCAUAUUCCUCAAAUUCAUUAAUAUUAGACAAAUUUCAUUAAUAAUAAUCUGAAUUCCCAAAUUAACAUAAAUUUCUAUAAUUUUCAUCCAGCGUCCAUCUUCCUGGUUUCAGUCAUGUCACAGUCAGCAUCGUUACAUAGUCCAUCAAUACAAUUGUUCUAAUAUCAGGGCCUUAAAUCUCUUCUAGGCCCCUUCCUGCAAUUUUUUAUUCUUGUUUGUGUGAGGAGUGGGUCUCCACGGAGGGUUCAUCCAGUAACAUUUCCCACUUUCCUUCAUUAUAUUGUCCCCUUCCCCAGUCCCACUCCCAAUCUUCUUCUUUAUAAUCAAAAAUAUGUAUCAGAAGAUGGUUAUUCACCUGUUUCCCAGUACACUAGAGUUAAAGACUGUAACUUCCAAAUGCCUUCCCAGCACUCUCCAAAUCAAUCUUCCAACAGCAGUAGCUCUUUCCUGCAAAACUUUGGGUCUUUCCAUUUGUAUUGUAUAAGAAAUAGCUUCUGCCUCUUCCUCCUCCAUCUGCCUUGGACUUGCCUUAUCAAACCAAGUUCAUUCUUAUUCCUAUUUGAAUCAUAUUUGAUUGGCACUCUCAACACUCAUAAAAUCAGUUUUCAUUCAUCAGACUCACUUUCUCGUGCAGCUGCUCAGCAAAUAUAUUGGAAGAGCGUUAUGAUUAAUUUGUUUCUUUUUUCCUUUAACUAUCUGUCAAAGUGCUCACUUUCAAUCAAUGGACGUCUCAAACAAUUUCUGUCCCGACACCCCGUCCCCAGGUUUGGGGCGGUGGAAGCACUCCGUUCCUUUUCUUGCUUCCUGCAGGAUUAGCUGUCAAAUCCCCCCUCUCUCCCCUGCUUCAAGGGGUUUGUUGGAUUAUGGGUGCAGAAUUUCCAACUUUAAAAGAACUUUUGGGCUGUUGGUACAGAUCUUUUUGCUUUAGCUGUAUGCAAAAGGCAGGAUGGACUUCCUGUUUAUUCCACAACAUUACCUAAUUUAAUUUUAAAAAUUUCUUAGUCAAUCCUCCGUUUUUACUCACGGGUACUUGAUUUAGAGUCCAAAUGUCCAUCAGGAAAAAGUCAGCCCCGCUCUCCGGCGGUGGCUGCGUGACUUCCCUCCAUGGAGUAGCAAUCAUUGCCCAGCACGCGGCUGCUCCACCCGCUUCACUUCGGAGCCCCGAGGUUUCCUGUUAGUAGGGAGAGCUUUUGGUGCUCUGCCCAGGCCACGUUCCCAGGCUAUGGGAUUUCUAAUGGAGCCCCCGCAUCGCCGCGGCGGGAAGCCCCUGCUUCCACGGAGACCGUUCCUCCGAUCGGAGGAACUCCGCCAUUCACCGAUGGCGCUGACCCGGAAGUCCGCUAAUAUGUGUACUUCUUGAUCCUCUUGUGUUUUCCUGUUUGCAAUGUGCAAGUGACCUCUCUAAGGAGCAUGCAAUUUUUUUAAAAAAGAGGAACAGAUUACUAUAUCAAGUUGACAUUUAUGUGACCGUCAGAUUCUGAAGAUGACACAGCACCACCAAUCAUCUUCACUAAAGCACAGAACUGGUAUUGUAACUUUGGGGACUUCUUUCCUAUGGGUAGAGGUGGAUUUGGGGCAGUGCAACUGGUUCCACCAUAAUAGGCGCUGAGCCUAGGGGGCACCACAGGGUGUUGCAACUAUACCUGAAGGAGCAUCUCCACCCCCAUUGUUCUGCCUGGACACUGAGGUCCAGCUCUGAGCACCUUCUGGUGGUUCCCUCACUGUGAGAAGUGAGGUUGCAGGGAACCAGGCAGAGGGCCUUCUUGGUAGUGGCACCCACCAUGUGGAACGCCCUCCCAUCAGAUGUCAAGGAAAUAAACAACUACCUGACUUUGAGAAGACAUCUGAAGGCAGCUCUGUUUAGGGAAGUUUUUAAUGUUUGAUGUUUUAUCAUGUUUUUAAUAUUCUGUUGGGAUUCACACAGAGUGGAUGGGGAGAUCCGAUCAGAUGGGUGGGGUAUAAGUAAUAAACACAGUAAUAAAUAAAUAAAUAAUAAUAAUAAUUAUUACAUAGUUGAGCAAAAUGGAAGGCAAGAGGCCCACUUACUUAUGCUUAUGUUCAGUGGAACUUAAUUUUCAGUAGGCAUGUCUAAGAUAACCUAUUUCUUUAAAGUGGACAUAAUAAUGUUUACUACAUGUAAGCCUUAAUUAUUUUCUGCAGAUUUCCUUAGGAAUAAUUUUAUGCAUGGUUAUAGAUUUCAUAAGUAUUACUAUACACGUAUUUAUCUGAGAUCUGCACUUAGCUACUCCUGUGAUAUAUUGAUGCAAUAAACAACACAGGUUAGUUGGUAGGCAUUCCAAGUCACCAGUAUGCUUACAGUUUCAUUUCUACCCUUCAGUUUGGGCCAGAAUUUCACUAGUGGUGUCGCUGCAGACUUUUUCUAGUCUGCCAUAACUGAUUUAUUUUCUGUCUGUGUUUAUUAUUUUUAAUUAAUAUUCAAGGAAUUGAUUGUUGUGCUGCUUUUAUUGAUUUGUUUACUGCAUUGUGCAUUGAAGAAAGUGAUGAGAUGGUGAUGUGUUGCAGUAAUUGUGGCAAUAAUUAGCCAGAGAAAUUUGUCCUGGUAGAUUGCUUCUCCCCCAAACCAGCCUCCUGGUCUCUCUUUUUAAAUACUGAAUACCACUAGCCAGCCCCCAGCCCCCUCACUCCCAUUCUGAAAUCAGCAGCUGAUCUUGCAUGACUGCCCAGAUAAAUUGUCAGACUCCUUGUGAUUUCUUUAUUUUAUAAUCUCAAAGCAAAGCCACUUUCCCUGGGAAGCUUCAUGCACUAAGUACAAUUAACUGCCAGCUAAGAUAGGUCUAAAAAUAUUAGGGUAAUGGACAUAGAAUGAGCUUCUUCGGAAUCCAUAGCUGAAAAAUAUGUGUUUUCAAAUCUCCUUUGUAAGUGAAGUGUUUAUUUAACAGGCAUUUUAGUGGUAUGCCUGUGUAGAAAAUAACCAAUAACUGCGGAAGGCUUCUUAGUGGUGCUACUGAGCCAAGGAUAAUCUGUGCACACAGUACAAAGGCUGAGCUUUUGAACUACUUCAUAUAUUUUGUAGGUCACAGACUGACCUAUAUGAUUUCUCUUCCUUUGUUUAAGCCACUGCUGUCUGUGGUCAGUGCAUUAGCCUGUAGGCUGAAAGCCCCACAACAAUACAAACAAGCUUCCUUCCACUUAUGGCCAGUAUGAUAGAUACAAUACAAAUUUUAAAAAAAAUUGAUGAAAUGUUUUACCAGCAAUAUCAUUUGGGGUUUACUGACAAGUUCCUCUUCCUUGGGUAGCUCAAAGAAGUCAGGGUGUUGGUGGGGAACCUGUAGCCCUCCAGCGCCCAUCACACCGAGCAAGCAUGUCCAAGGACAAGGAUGGUGGAAGGUGUAAUCUGGAGGACAUCACAUCAGCUUUCUCUUGUGUAGACAAGUACAAAUAGCAGAUUUGAAGGCAUUCACAUUUUCAACAUCAUAUAUAGAGAGAGAGAUAUAGAGAAUUUUAUUAAAUUUUCUGUUUUACAAUUUAAAGUACUCGUUUUUAUACCCUUAAGACAUCAGUGACUUCCCUUCUCUUUCCAUGGUUCAUUUUACAUAUCAUAAAUCCCUGCAUAUUUAACAAAAGCUAUACCAUUCAAUAUUCCAUUAUUACAUCCAUCCAAACUUAUUUACACUGUUGAAUUUUUCUUAAUGCUGCCAGCAUUUUCGCUGUACACAGCUAUUUCCCAUAUAUUCAAUGAACGUUUUCCAAUCUUCUCUAAAUGUAUGUUCUUCUUGUUCUCUCACUCUAAUUGUUAAGUCUGCAAGCUGCACAUAUUCUGUCAACUUAAGUUGCCAUUCUUCUUUGGUUGGGACCUCGCUUGUUUUCCACACAUUUUCAACAUCUUAGACACAUUUGGAAUAUUAUCCUUAGCUAGAUUUGCCUUACAGGCCUUGGUUAGACUUUUUAAAGGGAUUCUUCAGGUAGGACUUGUUUGCUUAGAACAAUCAACCAAUGGCCAAACUCUGCCAGGGUGUGCUGGCAUAAUCAGAACAGCCUGGUUGGGAUCAUAAAACUCUCCAAACUCCAUAAAAGGAGAACACACACACACACACACAUUCUUUUUAUUGCCGUCCAAAGACCCGCAAAAACAAUUUCAAAAGUAAAGAAUAGCAGAAUAUCGAAAAUAUGAUUUGGUGCUACUUGUUUAUCAAAGGAUCACUCUAGCCAUUGCAAGAAAAUUUCACAUAGCAGAUCUUAUCCUGGAUCAGCCUAAGCCUCUCAUUUUAAAUAUAUUUAAAAUGGAGUAAACCCCAUUGGAUUAAGUGCGACUGAGUAAACAUGCACAAGACUGCACUACAUGUAGAUUUUAUAACACACUGUAAUUUAACAGAAUGAUCAGUCAUUCAAAAUUUAAUUAUUAUCUAAUAUAUUCAAGUGCUAUAACUCCAGAUUCAGAAGGGGCUGCCCAUAGUUUAUCCUUUCCCCUCUUGUCUUUAUAGAAUUAGCUGACAAUCAAUUUACACACAGGCAGUGCUUUUUUCCUUAAAAAAAAUGUUUAGGGGUACUCUCAUUUUGACUCAAUAAAAUCAUCAUUUUAUAGUUCAGAUUGGGGAAAAUAAACACAGUAAAUGGACAAAAGUACAAGGAUUCACAAAAUGUUUAGGGGUAUGCAUACCCGUGCAUCCCCCCCCCCCACCAAAAAAAACCCAAAGCACUGCUUUGAAGCUUUGUAGCAGCAGGGGGAUGUUGUUCACAUUUUAGAAAGGGACCCAGUGAUAAUGUGUGGUUUGGUAAGCAACUGGUGUUGAAAUGACCAGCCUUUCAUAGAGCUGUAAACAUGGCAAGAAAUCAUGAGUUUUGAUCCAACAGACCACAUCUUACAUGUUACAUUUAUUUACGUGAUGUGCCUGACAAAAUUUACAUACUGUUUGAUUGUAGUAAAACCUCUAAGCGGUUUAAAAGAACUAUUUAAAUGAUGGUUGUUUGAACCAAAAAAUAUUGUGAAGGCUUAUACUAACAGAAUAUAGAGUGUGCAAAAGUUCAAGAAUUCUGAGUAAGGAUAGUUUAGUAGGGCAUUCCAGGUCUUAAAAUUGGUGUAGUUAACCAGGCUGCAUUGUUCAACACAUUAUGAAAUCAAAGUUGUGUGCAUUAAAAGUAUUCCACAGGCUUCUGCUCAUAGUUACUGAACAGGUUGGCAACAAGAUAUAGAUAAAGGAUCUGUGGAUUUGAGAGUCAGGUCUGGGAUAAAUCUUGGCCAUUCUGAGCAAAUACCAGCAGCAUUAGCAUGUGGGAUUGAAACAAAAGGGAAUUUGGUUUUCCUCGCUCAUUAGCACAAGCUUAAUGAGGUAAUGUAUGUAUUUCUUACAUCUGGGAUAGAUAGGAGUGCUCCUGAAAUCUACAGAGAGUGGCUAUGUGUGUACUUAAAAGGCAAACAAAUCCUGUGUUCUCCACUUUUCACCACAGAGAAUUGUGACACUGAGUCACUGAACAAGGUCACCCAGCAAUCAACUGUCAGAGAUGAGAAGGCAUUCAAGCCUAUUCUGAUUCUUGCUGGGUUUUCUCUCACACUAAAAAAAGACUAAAAGGUGUUUUACAUUGUCUCCAAAAACCGACCAUCUGGACGCCCAGUUUAGUGCAGAGCACUGUGAUUCAAUAAAUAAUAAUACUGUAGGAAUUUUUGUGAUUAAAAAAAAUACUGUUGGAAAUGUGUCCAUGUCCACAUUUCAAACUAUGAGUAACAGGAGAGCAGAGAAUGCCCUCUGUUUCUGCAACCACUGCAUUACCACAUGAUACGGAGUGAUUUGUAAAGUGCUUCAGGAUGCUCAGGAUUUCACAAGAAGCUCUAAUGGAAGGGGGAUUGAGUAUCCCUUUCAUUCUGCUUAUGUGCCACUUAGAUCACUUUCUUAUCAUCAUUGGAGACUGUAGGGAUAUUCACUGGUUCACAUUCCACGCAUGCACAAUCUGUGUACCAGUGUACACAAACAAAUGAACUGCACACUCAUACUAUCAUUUACACAUAGUGUCCAAUGAUUGUACAGUCUGUGUACACAACAGUUAAGGUGUACACUCACACCAACACUUGUACAUGUGUAGAGACAGCUUGCACAUGUGUUCAGUGUAACGUGAGACUAUGCAUAGGGAUUUCCCUCACCUUCAGCUAAGGGAAGGGAAGGUAAACAGUGUUGCAUUUUUGAAGUUUAAAUUGUGAGACAGAGGGUGUCAGGUAGAGAGGGGGAGGUUUUGAGCUAGAGGUGGCUGAUCUGACUUGGAAGCAGGUUGGAGGGGUCUGCAGGAGUCCGUCUUGUUUUGGGGAUCCAAUCCGUUUGUGUGUGUGUGUGUGUAUGAUUUUAUUUGAUUUGGGAAAUAAAAUACAUGCAAAUGCAUGUAAGCAUAUAUACAAAUACAUCUAUCUAUGUCAAACAACUAUAAAUACAAAUGAUAUGAUAAAUUCCAAAAUUAUAAAUUUAAAAACUAUCACAUAGAAAAACUAUUAUACCUAUCAAUGUUUGUAUUGUAUCUAUUGUUCGGGAAUUCAGUUCAAGGAACCCAUUAAUUUUUUACGUUUUUUCUCUCUUGUUUUCCAUCUCUCAAUCUCGCUGACUCUGUAAGCUUAUGCACCACAGCUACCUUCCAAAAUGUUGAUAACCAUUCUUUUACUCUCUUUUUGUUCCAGCAGCAUACGAGCUGCAACUAUUCAAUUCCUUAUCAACUCCUCAAAUUCACUCAAAUUUCGUAAUGAAAUUUGCCAAGGGGUCUAAGGGGCAACAUGUUAUCGGUGAAUUGCUUUUAAGUACUGUUCCGUAGAAUCUAUUGAUUAAUUGAUUAAUCUUCUGAUUGAACCAAGGUGCUGGGUUCUUUUGGCGGCUUUGCUUCCCGCUUUUGCUUGUUUCCACCCUGCACUUCUUAUCUAUUUGUAACUCAGACAGAGAACACAAGAAUGUCAUAAGUUCAGUGGUACCUCAGGUUAAGUACUUAAUUUGUUCCGGAGGUCCGUUCUUAACCUGAAGCCGUUCUUAACCUGAAGCAGCACUGUAGCUAAUGGGGCCUCCUGCUGCUGCCGUGCCGCCGGAGCACGAUUUCUGUUCUCAUCCUGAAGCAAAGUUCUUAACCUGAGGUACUAUUUCUGGGUUAGUGGAGUGUGUAACCUGAAGUGUAUGUAACCCGAGGUACCACUGUAUCCUGUGGUCUCCCAUUCAAAGAAUACUCAGCCCUACAGCAUGGGUGGAACACAGAGGAAACUGCCUAAGGAUCCAUCUAGCUCACAAGCCUGGCAGCAGCAUUCCAGGAUUUCAGGUGGAGGUGCUGGGGUGGAGCCUGGGACCUUCUGUGUGCAAAGGACAUGCUCUACUGCUGAACUGCAGCCCUUUCUCCCGGGUGGCUCAUGUCCUCAGGGAGGUGGAGAGCCUUUCCUACUGAUGCCAGGAGUAGGAUCUAUUGUACCCUUGGAGAGAAACUGUGCACUGCCAAAUGAGCGAAUAAGGGCUCUCCUGAAAGCAGAGUACCACAGCAGCAGUUUUUAGAGGAAAUUCAAGCAACCAUGAAGGAGAAUCUGGAAGCAGCUGGCAAGCUUGUGCUGUGGAGUGCUGCGGUAAAUACUGGGCACCCAUAGACUUUGUAGGAAUAUAGGGAGCUGCCUUAUACCAAGUCAAGCCAUUGGUCUGCCUAGCUCAGGGUUCUAGCUUGGCGCAGUGAUUCUCUAGGAUUUCAGAUGAAUAUUUUCCAAUGACGGGCAUUGGACCUGGCACCUUCUGCAAAGCAGCUGCUCUGUGGCUGAGAGCCUGCCAAGCAGUGUUAGGAAUAAAGAGUCAUGGGAACUAGAAAAGCAUUUGGGACAGAAGUCAGUCAGCUGAAGUCUGCAGGCACGAGUGAGGAAAAACUGUUUAUAGACACGCUGUGUGUGUGUGUGUGUGUGUGUGUGUGUGUGUGUUUAGUAUCCCCUGUGCAUCCAUGCAAUGAAAAUUCAGAUGGAAACGCGAAGUGGGGGAACGGGACCGUAAAUACUUACUUUAUCCCACUUGAACCCCGUGAAAAUCUCAGUCACUAAUGUUGCCUGAUUCUGUGUGAGUGUGAAUGGUGGGAAGGGUGUAUGGUGGGAAUGUGUGUCUGAUUAGAGUAUUAGGAGUAUGUGGUGUGGUAAUGCAAGAAGGCCACUUCCAGAAUGUGACCCCUGAGAGAAUUCCACCUCAGGCUGAAAAAUUUCCCUGCUCCUGCCUUAGUGGGGAGGACCAAGCCCCUAUAACUGGUGUAGUCCAGAGGUGGCUGGGGCAAAAACCCCAUUGCAGAGCUCUUGCAGACAUCCUUACAAGGGGAUUCUCAAGACCUGGCAAACAGUGGACUGUUGUGUCUUUGGAACCCCUAGCACAAGAGCCCAUUGCAGGGCCCUUGUGGGAUGCUUUGCAAGAACAAACAACCAGCUGAUAGUCAGAUAUUUCAAAGACCUUUUGGCUGAGCCUUGUCUCUACCUGCCCCACACCUGACCCCAUAGAUAAUGUUGGCUGUAGUGUAGGUGGGCCUGGUCUGGGCAAAAUGACCCUGUGGGCCAGAUGAAGAGGACCGGUGGGCCUAAUUAGGCCUGUAGGCUGGAGGUUCACAACCCCUGAGUUCUAGAACUUGCCUAGGAACCAGACCUGCCUUGGGAAAGGCUAUGGUUCUACAGCUGCAGGGUGACAGCUCAUUCUUAAACUAGUUAUUUUGCCUGUAGUCUGUGGGGAUCAAUGAAUGUUCCCCUAAUGGCAGCCAAUAACUGGAAAUCUCUUCUGCCUCUGGAAAGCGACACCCUUCAGCAGAGAAACAGUGUUGUUUCUGAAUUGCAGAGAGGUAGAUAUUGAGUCUUCAGUCUUCUCUCAUCCAAAGCGGGGGGGUGAGGUAGAAUGCCCAGGAUCUCUACAGGAGUGGGAAACAAUUGGCUCUCCAAGGAGACUUCAAUGGAAGGAGAUAUAUUUGCCAUCAGUUGAUUGCCCUGCUUUGUGCAUGUCAGUGGCAUGUUGAUCUAUUUAGGGGGAAAACGCCAAGGAAAGAGCAGUUGAAGGCCAGCAAGUGUUUUUUAUUGCCAACACAAAUAUGUUUUAAAAACACUUCGUGACAUGGGGGGCAUUAACUUCCAAAAGACCCAUAUGUUGUCUGUACUGUAAAGACAUAGAGAUGUGAAAAGGGGAAGUAAUGGCAAACAUUGAUUUGUUUCUUUUGUGUUGGCAAAGGGAAUAGCAGCUCAGAUGGGUCCCAGGAGAGAAGCCUUGAUGCAGAGAACCCAUAAAUGAAUAAGCUAAUGCACAUGCUUUCCACAGGCACAGCAUAGAUAUAUAAAUCCACAUUUGUAUGAUCGCAUAGCUAUGUCCACUAAAGGAAGGACCACUGGAACAUCACCUGUGCAAAGUGCCGGGCUAAGCAUAGUCACCAAUAAACAUGGUUUCACUCACCCACAGUCUCUUAAACUUGAUAUAGGAGAUAUAAAUAUGCAAAACUGAGAUUCAAAUGAUCUUUAGCAGCUCAUGUAAACAUAUGCCAAGACUUCACAUUCUGGUCCCUAUCUCAACAACAACAACCGCAGUUGCUGGUGCAUUUGAUUUGGUUCUUAUUGGCUUAUGUUUUACUAGAUUAAGAAAACUCUUACUAUGGGCAUGCACCCAAAAGCAUAUCCUACCCUCGUCUGGAAGCUGUGAUUCACCUUGGGGACAAUGGUGAAGUAUUUUGCAUUUAUGGAUUUGAAACAGAAUAGGUUCAAGAAUUCCACAACUCCAGCUGGAGCCAAUUGUAACCAAUAGGGACAUCAAGGCAGCAUCCUUCAAACAGGCAACUUAAAGAAGGAAGAUGUUGUUAAGGAGGCAUUUCUGGCUGGCAUUUUGAACAAGAUACUAGAAAGCAAAGACAAUCCAGAGAUUAAAGUACUCCCUCCCCCGCCCCAAGCUGAUUUCCAAAGCUCAAAACCAUACAGUCAUACCUUGGCUCCCGAACGCCUUGGGAGUUGAACAUUCCAGCUCCUGAACGAUCGAAACCCAGAAGUGAUUGUUCCAGUUUUCAAACAUUCUUUCAGAAGCCAAAUGUCCGACGGGGCUUCUGCAGCUUCCAAUUGGCUGCAGUAGCUGCGCUUUGGAAGUCAAACAUUUUGGAAGUCGAACGGAUUUCUGGAACGGAUUCUGUUCGACUUCCGAGGUACAACUGUAUUAGUUUUAAUGGAGUUACAGUUUAUCAGCUCUCAUACUGAAAAAAGAUAUUGUCUGUUCUGCCUUUGUAUUUCCAUAGAUGUAGUGAAUGUACACAGGUAGCAACUCAAUUUGGUCAGAUGUUACUGUUGGUUGAGUUUGUGUUGAAAAUGUUGGUUGAAAAGCACAGAGAGGUGGAAGAGAGAAAGAGGGCGUAUUCCCCUUCUCCUACUGUUUAAAGCAGCUAAAAUACUAGUUUAAAGAAACCUAUAAGACCAGCAAAAGAAAGAAAAACCAUGCCUUAAUCAUUAGUACCUGCAGGGCUUUGUUUGUACACCAGCAGUGUUCACCCAUGGCUUUAAAAAAAAAAAAUCAAUAUAUGAGUACUGACACCUCAUUUUUUUACCAAAAAAAGAGCACCAAGUACCAAUAUAUCUGAGGUGAAAGUUAGGCUACCACGACUGUAAUUUCUUCAAUACUGUUCUUAAAAGCAGCUGCAUUGGCUUCCUUCUAAUUCUCUGGCAAAGAGUCUGUUAAAUUCCACAUCCAACAGAUUGUUCAGUGGUAGAAUGUGCUCCCUUCCAGGUUCACAAGCAGGCAUGUGAGGGAAAAUCAGUAAUAAAAAUCAUGCUUCACUGCAGUCUUAAACUGAGAUAUGGAAAUGGUUGAAGCCAUUUCCAAGAGGAAAACAGCACCACUGUGGGCGAUUUUAAAGUGGCCUGCUGUCUCACCAAAUCCCUAUUCACAUAUCCCCCCACCCAGAGCCUUUAUAAAUAGGUUAAAUAACACUGUUCCCAAACAAAUCCUUAGGGAUGCAGCUAUGAUUCACUUCCCCCCAUUGUAAAAAUUGCUCAUGUAUUCCGACAGUCUUUCUGUUUUGUUAUCAGUUACCAGUCCAUAAAAAGAACAUAAUAAGAGCUUGCUGGAUCACGCUAGUGGCCCAUUUAGUCUGGCAUCCUUUUCUCACAGUGGCAAACCAGAUGCCUAUGGGAAGAUCUGUGCUCUUAUGCUAUAGAUGUUAAGCCUUUUUUAAAGGAGUCUGUGAUGUGUUGCAAAGAGCUUUUGGGAAUUCUAAGUAUAUAGAGUGUCUACUGAAUAGAUUCAACUACCUAUCUGUUGAUCCUCUUAAAUAACUUUAAAAAUGUUGGUGAGACAAGCUUAUCCCUCUAGAGAAGCCAUGCCUUCCCUUGACGAGGCCUAUUCUUUUACAUUGUUAUUUUUUUAAAAAGUUUUAUUUAUACUUUUCAGGAUUAUACAUUUCAUGAGUUUUACAAUCAAAUUAACAUUUCAAAGUUUGACUUCCUUCCCCCUCUUUCGGCGGUUCCUUAAAUUUAUUUUUUAAUUUCUUCUGCAUAACCAAAUGUCAUUUAAUUUGCUCAUUUAAUUAAUCUACUUUAGAUAUAUACUCUUAUGAAACUGCAGGUUAUUACAAUAAUCCUGCCAAUGUUUUUAUCUCUUUGCAUCUGUAAAUAUUCAAUAAACCAUUUCCAUUAGAAGUUUGUUAUCUUGGUUUCUUAUUCUUCUGCCAUUUCUGCAUAUUCCAUAAGUUUUUGUAUCCAUUCUUCCUUUGCUGGGACUUCUGCUUCUUUCCAUUUUGGGGCAAGUAGUAUUCUUGCUGCUGUAGUAGCAUACAUAAAUAAAUUUCUAUACAAUUUAAAUUGUACAAAAUAACUUUUGUAUAAAAAACCCAGAAGCUUUUCUUUUGGGAAUUACUGUAUAGGGACAGAACAAAAGUUAUUUUGAACAUCCUUUUCAAUUUAUUAUAUAUAAUUUCCCAGUAAACUUUAACCUUACUACAAGACUACCACAUAUGAUAAAAAGAACCUUCUUUCUCUUUACAUUUCCAAAACUUGUUUGAUUUAGAUUUAUACAUUUGUGCCAGUUUACUCAGUGUUAGAUACCAACAAUAUAUUAUUUUCAUAUAAUUUUCUCUUAAACCAUAACAUGCUGUAAAUUUUCUAUCCAUAUUCCACAAUCUUUUACAUGAUUAACAAUCUUAGCCAAAGUCAUUAUGACCAGUUUAUUUUAUUAUUAUUAUUAUUUUAUUUUUUUGCAAUGUAACAAGCUUUAUUAAUAGUCUUACAAUACAUUAGAGAUAUAUAGUACAUCUCGUAAAUUGAGAUUUCAAUCAUAUACACUCAAAAAACACACACCAUAUACUUGUCUUUUUUUACAUAGUUAUAAACCUUAAGCUUCAGCUGUGUUUAUGCUACUUUUUGUGCUGUUAUUAACAAAGAUUAUUAACAAAAAAGUUAUUAACAAAAAAUAUCAUAAAAACGUUGGACUUCCUGUCAAUUCCCAUUGUAUGCUUUUAUUCUAAUAGUGAAUGUACCUACCAUUAUUAAUCUAUUCUUUAUAUAUUCUCUAAUACAUUCUUACAACAAUUUGUACCAUUAAUCUUAUUUUGCCUAGAUUUCUUUAUCCAAGUUCAUUCAAAUGCUGCCAUAAACGAAAAACCACUGGUAUAUUUUUGUACAUAUCUCUUGUAUUUAUCCCAUUCUUGUGCAAAUUCCUGUCUUGAACUGCACCUUAGGCUGUUGGUCAAUUGUGCCAUUUCCAAAUAUUCUUGUAACUUAUUCUGCCAAUCCAUUAUAGUCGGAACAUUUCCCCCUUUCCAGUUCUUUGCUACUAGUGUUCGGGCCACCGCCGCAGCGUAUAGAAAUAUUUCUCUUAAGUUUUUCGGGAUAUCUUUACCAACAAUGCUUAACAAAAGCGCUUCUGGCUUUUUAAAAAAUGUUGUUCCAAAGAUUUUUUUCAGCUCAUCAUAGACAAGGCCCCAGAAUUCUCUUAUUUUCCUACACAUCCAUCACAUGUGGUACAUGUCUCCAUUACUUUCCCCACACCAACAGUUACUCACGAUAUUUUUAUACCUCCUGGAAAGCCCUGAUGGGGUAAGAUAGCAUCUAUACUGCAUCUUUAGCAUGUUCUUUAGCAUGUAACAUGCCGUAAAAUUCAUAGUUGUUUUCCAAAAGUUUUUCCAUUCUGCCAACAUUAUGGGACCAGUUUAUCUGAGAUGGAAUGUGUCUGUUGGAACUGGUAGGGAAGAAGGCAGAGAAAUCAACAGUAAGUGGACCAGAGCCAAUGAUAGGAAAAGCCAACUAAUUUUGUCCCCAUUCUCAUCCCUGCUGAGUUCUACCAGGGUUAACACUGUGACUAAGGCCCAAGAAACUGAGAGACUGACAGCUAUCUCUUUGAGUAGUAAGAAGGCAGGCAAAUGGGGGCUGGCUAAGGGCAAACUGGGGUUGCUGGGGCAGGGCACCAUUUGCCCUAGUAGACCAGCUCUAUUCACUGGCUGCCUUGACUAUAAUUUCCUGAAUCUCUUUCUUAAAAACAGUUACGUUGGCUGUGUUCUGAUUUUCUGGCAAAGAGGCUGAUAAACAUUAUCACUAUUUAGUGGUCACUCUAGGAUUCACAAUCAAGAGUGAAAACUGUGUCUCUAGAAGGUGUGUUUAAUUUGCUUGACUGCCUUGCUUAACAAAGUCAAAAUCAAUGUCUUCAUUAUGGCUCAACUUUAAUUGGUUUCAAGUGUUUGUUUAAUGAUGAUUAAUUGAAUUAGUUUCUUUAAAUCAUUUAGUUAAAUGAAGUCUGUCUUUUUGUAAAUCUUUGUGUAAACAGACCAUUUAAACUGUGCAGGUUUGACAAAAGGAACCCAAAAUAAAUAAAUUGCAAAUUUCUGUGUUUAUUUCCACCUUUGGUAUUGGGAGCUGGGAGAACACCUGCCUACACCAAGCCACUGGUCAGGAUGCAGAUUGCUGCAGACUACCUUGUAUAUUGUAGAAAAUAGCUACACAUGCACACAAACACACACUGUCAUCUGGAGAAACACUGGAAACAGGCCACUCUGUUCAAAACAACAUGGUAGGGGGCAAGAGGAGCUGCAAACUGAGAAGGCAAAUAGGUGAAAUAGCCUUCCUCCCCAUUCUGAUAAUGGGAGACUCCACAGGACCAAUCAAAGACCCUUCAGUCAGCAGAGCGACAGCAUUGGAUCAGACUCAAUAUAUUCAAUUUUAGGACCAGCUUCAGGAGAAUAAGAGGGAGUACUGAGAAGUUUUUCUUCUCAGUAAUCACUUUUAAUAUAGUCCCAGGGUUGCUGUAGAUCAGGAGUUAAGCCUGUGAGCACAUUUGGAUGUUUGAGUGUAAAAGGUAAAGGAGCCCUGGAUGGUUAAGUCCAGUCAAAGGCGACUAUGGGGUUGCUGCUCUCAUCUCGCUUUCAGGCCGAAGUAGGCGGCAUUUGUCCACAGGCAGCUUUCUGGGUCAUGUGGCCAGCAUGACUAAACAGCAUGACACCAUGACAAGUGCCAGAGCGCACAGAAAUGCUAUUUACCUUCCUGCCACAGCGGUACCUAUUUAUCUACUUGCAGUGAUGUGCUUUCGAACUGCUAAGUUGGCAGACACUGGGACAUAGCUCAUCCCAUCACACGGAUCUCAACCGCCGACCUUCUGAUUGGCAAACCCAAGAGGCUCUAUGGUUUAGACCACAGCGCCACUCGCGUCCCUGUGUUUGACUGACACCCCUGCUGGUAACUUCUUUAUUCACUCCCCUAAAUCAGCUUUCCUCCACCACCCAGCCAAGAAAGAAAGAUAGGAGAUCUGGGUAAAAAUCAGAUAUAGUAGAAUUAAUCUGAGUGUUGAAAAGCACAUAGAGGUGGAAGUGAGAAAGAGUGCCUCUCUUCCAACUUCCUCCUUCAGCUCUAUGUUCUUUUCACGAGAGAGAAAGGUAAGCAGCAUAACUGCUUCAUGAAUAAGGGGUCAGUGCAGGAGAGAGGCUUUGUAGGUGUCAGGGGAAAACCUCUAGGUGCCAUUGUGCUCACCACAUUACCAACCCCUGCUCUAGAUACUAUUGAGAUGCUUGCUUGCUUGUUACAGAUACUGUAAAGGUAAAGGGACCCCUGACCAUUAGGUCCAGUCGUGACUGACUCUGGGGCUGUGGUGCUCAUCUCGCUUUAUUGUCCAAGGGAGCCGGCGUACAGUCAUGUGGCCAACAUGACUAAGCUGUUUCUGGAGAACCAGAGCAGCGCAUGGAAACGCCGUUUACCUUCCCGCCGGAGUGGUACCUAUUUAUCUACUUGCACUUUGACAUGCUUUCAAACUGCUAGGUUGGCAGGAACAGGGACCAAGCAACAGGAGCUCACCCUGUUGCGGGGAUUCGAACCGCCGACCUUCUGAUCGGCAAGUCCUAGGCUCUGUGGUUUAACACACAGCGCCACCCGCGUCCCUACAGAUACUGUAGCCAUGAUUUAUACAUGUGGUUCACCUUCGUGUGAUGGUUUUAUUUGAAAUUAAAAUAUUUAAACAAAGCAAAAAAAUCAUGGGCGCUUCCUAAGUUUUGUUUGAAAUGAAACUGGUGGCCUCUAUAAUUUAUGUCUUUGGGUGAAAUUCAUCUUUGAAAUUCUAACCAUGUUUUCUCAGAUGUAUGUCCCACUGAAGACACUGAAGGGCUUAAGCCCAGGUAGGUGGGGUUAAGAUUGCAGUCUAAGAGAUGAAAGAGAAAAUGGGACUUACAUUUUCUUUUGUUUCACUUAUUCAGCAAUUCCACCAGUGCUAUUCCUGGCCUAAUGCUUAUUGAUUUGCUACCGAGUCCAAAAUAAACCAACCUCUUCACAAAAGACACCCCAAUUGCGCAGCCCACAAAGGCAUGUCAGAUUUGGUGUAUUGGGCACUUCAUUAUGGCAUUAAAAAAAUCAGUUUAUAUAGUGUGACAUGCUAUGCUUACUUUAGCCUCCAGUUUUUAUAAUGGCAAGUAGGUCGUCAAGCACAAAAUAUGCUUGCCAUUACAAAAAAUGUUUUCUCAGAUGUUAACUUAAAAAAUGUAAUUUAAUAUUCCAUUCCUCCCUCACCAAUAUUAGCAUUUUUAUUUUUUAUUUUAAAUGAAGCUACUUAAAGGAUUAAUGUUGCUCGGACAGGAGCUUUUACCAACUGCUAUGGCACAUUAAAACUUUGUAUCCAUUGUUUUCAUUUCAUUUGCUACUGAUUGUUAGAAAUUAGGAAUUCCUCAUGAAUUGAUAGGCCUUUCCAAACCAACUAUGCCAUCCACCUUAGACGACACAGUAUCCCCCAGCACUUGAGGUAAGUUAUACACCAUGAGACAGGACAGUUUGAGAGGCAGCCAUUCUGAUAUGCUCCCAGUGGGCCUUUGUGCAUAGAAUUACAUGGGAAGCAGUGUGUGGUUGCUUCCUGCACCGUUUUUCAAAGCAAUCGUAUGAUUUUUCCACACCCUUCUUUAUUUUUAAAUCAAACUUGGAGCAGACAGGCCUUCAAGUAGAAUACGGCCUCAAUAAAAUAUGGCACACAGACACUCUACACUGCAGGCCUUCCUUUUAACCAGAGAAUGCUGGCUGCUGAAGACAUAUAGGAAACUGCCUUGUACCAGGAUGGGUUAUUGUGUGUCUAGCCCCAUAUUGUCUACUAGGACCAGAACCAGAUUUUCAGAAUUCCAAGCAGGUGUCUUUCCUAUCAUCUUCCACCUGAUCUGUUUUUUGACUGGCGGUGCCAUGGAACUUUCCAUAUGCAAAGCAUGUUCUCUACCAUGAGCCAUGGUCUCUCCCCUCAUCAUCUCUUCCUUCCCCAACAUGCAAUUGCCAGCAUUACUUAGAGAAAGGGACACUGGUACAAAACUUCCAUGUCUGAUGUAACAUAGAUUAGUUGCUCCAAAAGACAGAAAAUGGAGCUCAAAGCCUAACCCGGAGCACAGUUUUGAACGUUUGCAGAAUUGAAAUCUGACAUCUCGAUGAUGCAGCUUCCAGUAGUCUUUGCCCAUAUAACGGGUGCUCAUCCAUCUUUAUUCUCUUAAUGAUUUAUUAAUCCAGCUUCCCAUAAAAUGUAAGGGAAGCCAUGAAUAAUUUAAGUCUGGUCAAGGCAUAAGAAGAAAAACAUAUGAAACCCAGACAGGGCAAAGCGGAAAAGAGCAGGCAGUGGUUUGAUCUCAGUCUCUGUUCUCUGUAAAAAGUUCCUCUUGAAGCAGAGCUCUGCUUUAGGGUUGCAUAUUUUGGGGUGGAGAGCUUUUCCGAAUCAAGUGCAGAUAAAUAAAAAACAAGGCACAAUAUCUAGCUAGUUACUAUAUCGUCAAAAGAAUUGGUCUCGUAUAUGAUAUUGGAAGCAUGAAUAGUAAUUGCAAGUCAGUGGAAAUCUUACCCUGGAUGCUUAGUAACGCUCACUGUGGAAUAGAGCUAUAAUGGGGGGUGGGGGUGGAAUCACAUAUAAUUUGAGAUUUCGACAAGGACUAGAAUCUCCAGGCACUUUUGAUACGAUUUGGCAUUCCUUUAUGACAUGUACAGCGGAACCAUCAUUUUCAAGACAAUCCUUGUCACAAGACUGGCAAAUCUGUAACUAUACUGAUGAUCUGAUAACAUUGAUAAUCUUUCCUUGGACUUUGCUAUUUUAACUCACUCUGCAUGCCUAUUUUAAAGCUUUGUUUUCCAUCUUUUAAUAUUUAUUUGUUGCUGUAAUUGCUCUUUCUGUUUUAUAUACAUUAUAAAAUGAAAUAAUAAGAAACAACUUUACAGAAAGAGAGAGAGAUUGCUUGUUACCAUGACCUGCACAGCACGUUUUGUACUCACCUCCAUCUGCCUAAUGACAGGGCCGGCCAUGCUUUAUUAACUAAGAAUGAAAUAUGAACCUUGCCUUCUCCUUCAAGCACUUCAAUGCAGUUAUUAGUAUUCUGCCUUGCAAACCUGCUGAUGGUGGUCACAUUUCCCAGGCUUUUUGUCUUGGGGCUUAAAACUACAGAUUGCAUGAGGAUGCAUUUUGAUGUAAUUGAACAGAGAGGUAUAUUGCUGCCCUGACAGGUGCGGACACGUUUUUAAUGGACAUAUGGUACCUAAACUAGACUGCAUUUGAGAGGAGGGCUUCUUUGUUUGUCAAAAUCAGUUGACUGUUAUUGUAGCUUAGAAUAGUUGUACUUGAUUUUUUAAAAUGUUUUUUCCUGAUUUUAUGGUUUUUCUGGCUCUGUUUUAUUUAUUAAUUAUCCCCCUCCCCACGGGCUUCUGUUUCAUGGCUUUAAUCAUGAUUGCUGCUACAUUUCCUCAUAGUUGUCAUAUUUUAGUGUGGCUUUUUGUAGACUUCUAGUAGAAAAGCAGAGUUAAAUAUUCAAAAGGGAAUAAAGAAUGAACAAAAUGUGGCGGCAACAAAACCAUUACCUUUCCCCCAAAGUAAACAGUUGCUAUCAUUGCAGCCUUAUAAAAAAAGGCAGUUGUUUCUGGUUGCUCCCAUGCAACUAAUAUCACCUGUGGGAAUGCAGGUCUGUUUCACUCUCUCAAGGUUGCAGAGAGCAUGUUUGCUGUGUGCACCCUAAGCAGCGUUUCAACAAUAGAGCUACAGUGGUUACAAGAGGGCAAACACCAGGUCCAGCCCAUCUCUCAGAAAACACCCUUUUCUACCAACCUGGCCCAAAGAGUUGCAUAGAUAGUGGCUGGGUGUAGUAGCCUAAUGUUACAGAGCAGGAUCCAUGUCACAGUGCCGGGAGGGGUGUCUCUGGGGUAACAGAGGAUGUUAUGAAGAUGCAGUGUGUCUUGUUGUUUUUUAAAAGAACUCAAUAGAAACAGGAGCAAAUGGGACUGGGGUUAAGGGAAGACAGCCCUUAAGAAGCUGAGAAGGGGAGGUCAACAGAAUGACUAUGGUUGAAUUCAGGAGAGAGAUUUGAAUAGGAUAAGAGAGCACACUGUGAGGCACAUAGACCUGGUUCACACAUAAUACGAAACUAUUGUUUAUAAACCAUGGUUUCACACUCUCUGAAUCCUGCUAAGAAGUUUAGCUAUGGUUUGUUUUCUGCCAACAAACCACAGUGUGAAUCCCAUGAUUUCUUGUUGGUUUAAGAACCUUGGCUUGCAUUUACUGUGGCUUGGCAUUAUUAGUGAAGCCAGCACCCUUUCUUAACCAUGGUUCAUCCCGGGCAUAAAACCAAGCUACAAAGGCACAAGGCAAAAGUAGCUAGAAAACAAGGCAAGCUUUGAACUGGAGUCCUGAAAGCCAGACAGAUCUGAAGAACCACAUUUGCCCCCUGGGCCCAAGGUUUCCCAUUCCUGGAAUAGAGUAAAUGACUGAGCAGUCGAUUUACAGGAAUAAAAUUAAAAGAAAAGUCAUUGGCAAAAGGGAAAGAAAGGGAAAAGCCUAGAAGCUUACAGAUGGGAGUUUCAUGGACUAGCUCAGCCAUUUGUACUUAUCUUUUAACAUUUGAUACUGAAGAUUGCAAUGAACAUUGCUUCAGGCACUUCCUUCUAUAGUUCACUCUGCCUGAGCACCAUGUUAUCUUCACAUUCAGUGCUUGUUGUGCUGUGGAACUAAUGUUUGCCUCGGACCGCUGAGAAGGGGAAUAAAAAUAAAUUUCCUCUGCCUGUUAGAAUUGCACAGCUGCGUCUGAGCUGCUCCAGGAGGAGUCUGGGAAUGCAAAUGUGUCUUUUAAUACAUGCAAUUCUAAUUAAGUGUAGUCAUAACCCCGUGCUGUGGUAAAAUUCUCUGUACUCUGAAGCUGCGUAUUAAACGCUUCUCCUAAGGAGCGUGGAGAAUCCCCUCAGGAGGCUGAUUCCUCAACACUAGAGUCAAAUUCCUUGCCUGUCUUGUUUUGAAUCUGAGUGAUGCUGCCAAUUGAAUUAUUAUUAUUAUUAUUAUUAUUAUUAUUAUAUUUUAUAGAAAAUAUUUCAAUUAAACAAAAAAAUUAUUACUGGAGGGGGGAAUCCUGCCAUCAGAAACAUUACCCAAAUCAAUUAUUAUUUUUAAAAACAACAGGCUUGCUACAAAUUCCUAUGACAGAAAGAGAAAUAUUUUGUCUGAGCUGGGCUAGAACUAGUCAUUCAAUCCACUCCCAUUUUGUCAGUACUUUUCCGUCUUUUCAGACUUGGGACUGUGGGCUUCCAUUGGGGGGGCAAGGGGGCUGUUGCCCAUUACCCUGGUGAAUCAUAAUAUCCAGAUUUCCAGCUUUCAUAAUAAAGAAUAGGUGUAUAGCAUUUGUAGAACCUGAGAUGAGGCAAUAUGUACAGACACCGCUUUUAAUCUUUUUUUAAAAAAAAAUAAGCAAGGCUUCUUCCUCCUUUCAUUGUUUUACUUUGCCUGCUUCUUUGAAACAUUCCUAUAGAUACCCCUAUUUGGGACCCAUUUAACCUGAUAAUGGAUUUAGGGACCCACUUCAUCAUUUUUGCCAUUAUGCUGUCACAACCCACCUCAUGAGAUGGGUGAACUCUGGAGCCGACUGCUCACCGAGCGCUGGCUCCGCCCCCUUUUAAGCCACGGGAGCGGACCAGAGUGAAGCCUGCUCACUCGCGGUCCGCUCCUGGGUCCCGCCCCAGUCGCAUCGCGGAUUGGCUCGUUUAAACCGGGGUUUUUCCAGGAACCCACAAAACUCCGCGGCGCCGGGAAAGCGGGCAAGCUUGGGCAACCUGGCGUGUCUCCAACAAGAUCGGGGGUACCGCGUGCCGGUCUGCAAAUGGCGCCCACCUCGGAUGGGUGAGCGGUUAUUCUUGACCUACUGGUCAAAGAUAAGUGUUCAAAGAUGCACACUCAUUGUCUCACACAAUGAACUGAACUCUCACCCCUUUUAUUGUCCUUAUCUUUUCCAGUACUCUACCCCCACGAUGCUCCCUCUUUGUGUUUCUUUGAAAGACAUUUCAGGGGAAAGGUUUCAAUAAAUACAAGAACAAAUAAGAAAAAAGAAAAAAUAUUGCAAUAAAAAAUAUUCAUUUUCAAAAUGGUCAUAUAGGAUAUCUCCUGUGACAUUACAUAUGGAGAUUUUUUGGGGUAUAAGAGAGAGGGAGUUUUGCUUGCAAAUAAUGCAAGGCACUGGGACUCAAAUCUGCCUGGGAAUAAUCAGCAUUUGAUGUGUAAAUUGGCUGUAAUUGAAAGACACACUGCACAUGCUCAGAAGCAUUCUCUGCAGUCUGCAAAAAAAAAGUCUCAACUAAUACAUAAUUAGGGAAAUAUAAACCUUUAUAUUGAAAAUCGUCUAUGGAGCUGAGCAUAGGUCAGUCUAGUAGAAUUUAAGUGACACUGCAGGGGAAGGCAGGGCUUAGUUUGCUGCUCAUGGGGAUUUCCUAGCUUCUCAGCCAAGUGGUUUCCUGUCUCUGGAGCUUUACACAUGAACAAUUCCCUUGCUUAUAGCUGCUCAGGCAAGUAGACUGCACAAUUAAACCGAGGAAACACAUUCCUAUUGGACUGAAUUCCACCUUUUAAAAACAGAAAGAUCAAAAGAUGCUGUUUCUAUUUAAAAUGACAUAAUAAUUAAUUCUAAUAUCUCUAGAUCAGGUGGAGCAUACAGUUCUAAAGCACUGGAAUUGGGCGCUUCCCUUCCCUUCCCUUCCCUUCCCAUCCCUUCCCUUUCAAAAUAUUCCUUUUAGCAAGAGUGGAGAGAUGGCACCCAUCCCUCAACCCUAAUCCGCUCUCCAGGUAGGGUUGCCAUAUUCUAGUCUGCCAAAUCCAGGUGGCAGAAUUUGCAAAUUAUUUGCUUAUGGUGCAAAUCACAUAGGCUGGGAAAGGGUUAAGCAACCAACCUCCCACUCCAUAUUAUAGAAUAGGUGGGGGACUUCUGGCUCUCCAUCAGCCCCAGGCAGCAUGGCCAAUUGGCAGGGACUGUGGAAGCUGAAGUCCACCAACAUCUGGAGAGUUUCAGGUUCUCCCCUGCCCCCCCUCCCAUGUUUUAUAAGAAUGAAAAAUGUGGUUGGGUUUCCGUAGAUACUUUUGCAUGCAACAUGAACGCAGUGCGCAACAGACACAGUGCACUCUCCUUUGCACAACACUGAAUUCCACCCCAUGUGUGUACACUAACUUUGUUGGAAAACUGCCCUACAUCAACUCUGGAAAGCCUUUGCACCCAUAGACUUUCCACAUAUAGGCUUUCUCCUGCAGAAGUCUACGCUUAAUGUGUGGGUAUUGGAGGCAGAGAGAGGAAGCUGUAUGGUCUUGGCAUCUGCCCUGCUGCCCAUUUAAUUAUCCUGAGGCUUUACUUGGCUGUCCUGCCUAGUGCUAGGGGGCUACCAACCACCACACAGGAGCCCAUAGCUCUCAAAUGUGUACAUGGGUGAGAAGGGAGGUUUGCACCUGUGUAGAGAAAAUCUGCUGGUCCUUGGGGUCUGGAAGGAUUCUGUUUUUAUGAUAAUAAUAAUAAUUUAUUAUUUAUACCCCACCCAUCUGGCUGGAUUUAUUAUUAUUAUUAUUAUUAUUAUUAUUAUUAUUAUUACUAUUACUAGUGAGGUGCUGGGACACCUGAGGUGACAGUGAAGGAAACAUCUGCAAAGGAAAAAGUGGUGACCAUAGCCUUGUUUAAGGCUUUGUUUGCAGCAAAAGCAGACCCUGAAAUAUUUUCUUGCAGAUUUGCUCUCGUCGCCUUUAAGAUGUCUUUUCCUAAAAUUGCAGGAUUCAUAUAAACUGUGAUGAACAUUUCACUUCCAACUAAUGUCUCUUUAUCACCCUCUGUAAGUCAUAAAAAAAUUAUAGCCUUAUUAGCUUGUCUUAAAAAAAAAAGUUUGGCUGAAUGAAACAUAUAAUUUGUUCGCUACAGAACAACAAGAACAACAUGGCACUUUUUGUUCGCUAUUAAUAACCUCCUAAGAUGAAAAUUAAUUGUCCUGCUCUUUAUUUGCAGCGACAUAUUGCUUGUUGUCCCUUAGUGCCCACCAACUGCACUGCUGAGAGAUGCCAGUGAAAGAAAUGAUGCUACAAAUAACAAAACAUUUAAGCUUUAUUAAAAAGAUGAACUAGAACAGCUACGAGUUUAUACAGGAGUUGAGGACCACCAGAUGUAAUGUACCUGCAGUUGAAAUCUGAAGGGGUAGAAGAUAAUGGAAAUAAAACAGCCUUUCAUGCAAUGGUCUAAAGAAAAUGCAAUUUGGGAUGAAAGCCUGCUUGCUACUGUUUUGUUUCUGGUAUUAUUAUUUUUAAUAAAAAAAAACCCCACAAGGAUACUCCUACACCCUUCUAGCAAUUUCAUAUUGUUCAGUAAAUGACCUUUCAUUAGGCAUUCCAUAAACAGGACCAGCUCAACACCUACUGCUUUGUCUGAGGUGGAACAACAACUGGUGUCCUGUCCACCCCAAAAUGCCUCAUAAGCACUACACUCUGGGAGUAAAAAUAUAAUGUUAAUAAAUUGAGCAGUUGCUGCCUCAAAUCAGCUGCCUGGAGUGAUCAUGUAACUCUUAUCUAUUGGUAGGGCCAGCUCUAUUUAUGAAAAAGUACAUCAAAAACCUGCUUAUUGAAAUUAUAUUCACAGGGGCAUCAAGAAUAAAGGUGCCCAAUACUUUGUGGAAAUCAACAGUGCUAUUUGGUUUCGCUCAGUUGUGUGUUUUAAAUUAAACGCAUAUUCCUCUAUUCCCAAGAAGACACUUGUUUUUACUAGUCACACUGUUUCAGAUCUAGUUGCAUAUGUGUAUUUGUAAGAGGUGUGGGGGAAGUUGGCUAGGGAGGUUGCAAUACUUCUAAUGAGUGUCAAGGAGUUUCCAUACUACCUAAAUUUACAGGCAUAGGCAAACUCUGGCCCGCUAGAUGGUUGGGACUACAAUUCCCAUCAUCCCUAGCUAACAGGACCAGUGGUCAGGGAUGAUGGGAAUUUUAGUCCCAAACAUCUGGAGGGCCAAGUUUGGCCAUGCCUGGCCGAAAAUGUCAUCAAAAUCUGAUAUCCACUUUCUUCCAACUCUCCAUAUACACACACACAUACAUACAAACACACGAACUCCUUUUGCUUCAUCUCUUUGUCCACACAACCACUGACAAGUGCCACAUAAUGUCUGUCCCACACUUGUAAGGAACCUAUCUGUUAAUGUGGCAGCAUCUACACCCUGGAAUUUCCUGGAAUUAGGAAGGCGCCUUUACUGUAUUCUUAAAACCUUUUCUGUUUAUGAAAACCUACCCAAACACGUAAAGUUGACGUGAUCCAUAAUUUUUGCUUGGAAUGUAUACUUUAAGGUAUUUAUUAAUUUUCCUUUUUAGUAAACUUGUUUUUUAAAUUUUGAUUUUUAUUGACAGUUUUAAUGUAUAUUUCAUGUUCUUUGCCAACUGCUUAGAGAUUUUAUUUACAGUUAAGCAGUAUACAAUUUGUUAAAUAAAUGCAUCUUUUACUACAUUUUUUCAAAGGACUUGGCAAUACUUCACAGUCAUAAUACAAACAGGCAACAUUUGCAAAGGAGAAAGAAUCACACAUGCAACCAUAGCUUCGUUUAUGGCUUUGUUUACAGCAUCAGUAACAACUGAAGCUUCAAUUGAACAAUGAACAAUUGAACAAUGGAAGCUUCUCUGGAGUGAAUGAGACGAAUCUCUUGAUACAAUACAGAAUCUUGAAAUACCUGGUUCUGCAGUUUUUCAGAACAACUGGUUAUGGAUGGCAAAGUCUUCAGUUUACUUUAUGGUCUUGCUUUUCAGCUUUUCCAAAAUUGUACUCAAAGCACCAAGCACCUAAAUGUGUAAAAUACCUUGCCUGUGUCUGGCCUCUGUUUACUAAAUUUACUAGAUUUCCCUAAGAAGACAGAACUGGCUUUGAGGUCAUGACAAGCCAUGGCUUAUCAUGAUGGGGGAAAGUUUGUUCCAGCUCCACUCUCCUCCUCCAGUUCAGCUGGAUCAGCAGCUUCCUGCUCCUUUUUGAUGACGGGCAGAAUAGCAUUUCCCUAAACUGUGGCUAGUCCUAACAUAGUUUGUUGAGACAAACCAGCUUCAUAAGCCAUGGUUUGAAGUUGGCAGGUGUUGAACAAACAUUUGUUAGAAUUAGCCAAAGUUUGUCAGGUUUGGAUGACAUGACAAGGCUGUGUUUAAUUAAAAAUGGAAGUGAAAGCUCCCAAUUUCCUCACAGUCAAAGAGGGGAGAUAGGAUCUCAGGACUCAUUCCCACCAUGAUAUACAGUGGUACCUCGGGUUACAUACACUUCAGGUUACAGACGCUUCAGGUUACAGACUCCGCUAACCCAGAAAUAUUACCUCGGGUUAAGAACUUUGCUUCAGGAUGAGAACAGAAAUCGUGCUCCGGCGGCGCGGGUGCAGUGGGAGGCCCCAUUAGCUAAAGUGGUGCUUCAGGUUAAGAACAAUUUCAGGUUAAGAACAGACCUCCGGAACGAAUUGUACUUAACCCGAGGUACCACUGUACACCAUUGACGAUGGUUUGCUUGAAACAAGCCCAAUUUCACAACCAAUUGUUUUAAGCUGGUCUUAACUUUGUUGGGUUUGGGUUGGAUGACAUGACUAGCUGUGAUUAAACAACUGUGGUUUUGAAAUCUUCCAAUCCCCUCACCCUGGCGAUUGUGAUGUCUGAAGUGGGCCCCAGUCUUCAGAUUCUAUUUGGUGAGCCUUUAACCGUCAGUGUAUGAUAUUAUGCUAACAGUGUCAACUCACACAAGCCACCUUAACAGUCAACCGGUAUUAUAAUAGUACAGUGGCACCUCGGGUUAAGAACUUAAUUCGUUCUGGAGGUCCGUUCUUAACCUGACACUGUUCUUAACCUGGGGUACCACUUUAGCUAAUGGGGCCUCCCACUGCCGCUGCGCUGCCGCUGUGCAAUUUCUGUUCUCAUCCUGAAGCAAAGUUCUUAACCCGGGGUACUGUUUCUGGGUUAGCGGAGUCUGUAAUCUGAAGCGUCUGUAACCCGAGGUACCGCUGUACUGCACUAGAGUGGAAGAUCUGUGCAGGCUUCCAGUCGGGAGACAAAAAUAAUAAAACACAGGGAAGUGGCAGGUACCAAGCGCGCCAUGCUGAUUCCUGAGUAUACACAGCUGUUUUUCAUCAAUCAAGGCAAACAGUAUAUGUCAAAGGUCCUAAUUUUUCCCCAUUGAGACCAGAGUCAAUAACCAUCUGUCAUUUCUGAAACAGUAGCAAUAUUUCCUUUGAUUACACUUGUGUAAUAAUAGUAUCAUACCUUACGCUGCUACUUACGGCUGCUUGUAUGAAUUGACAUCGUCACCAUAAGGCAGCCCACCUCUGACUCUUUUUGUAUAUUCCCUGCCCCAACCUCUGGAGAAAAGGUCCUGAAAUCAUUAUCAUCAGCAAUUACUGCCUCCCCAUCACCACCAGCAAUAUUGUGCCUUUGUAUGGAAUUUAAUUAUAAGUUUUUUUGAGAACCAAUUUUCGUUGAAAAUCAAGGGAUAUUUUUUGUUUUUUUGUUUUUACUGCGUUGCUUAGUCGCCCAGUAACUAAUGUUCUCUAGACAACCUACUACAAUAUGUAUUAUAUAAAAGGGGUGGGGGUAACCAAGGGACUUGUUCCUCUGCUUGUCCUCUCCCAAAUCUUUUCUGGGGGUACCUCCUAUCCCCUGGAGCAGAUACAGGGAAUGUACAGAUGCCACAAAAGGUUACAACUUUGUUGGAUACAACCCAAAGACUGUCCUCUUUCUUGCAGGCUGUGUCUCCAUCAGCACUGCACCCGUUCACGUUUCAGUUUAGCCAUCUUUGUGUCUGCUUCACCCUCUCGGGAAUGUGGGUAUUGUGACAGAGGAGCACUGUUCUACAGGCCCUCACCAUUUAAGUCAGGCAAUCAGCUAUCUCCACCAGUUUUAUUCAAAUACACAAGGGUGGUUAAGAUGGCUACCUGGAAAACAUGAAACGGGCUCAUAUACCUGACAGACGUGACUGUGGUUCUCAAGAGGCCAAUGAGAGAGGAGAGAGUCUGUCAAAGCUGGGCUGCCCUUGCUGCUUUGUCUCCUCCUUUCCAUCGGGCAUCCAUGCCAGAUUUUACUAUGCACUGCUCAGAGAAGUUGGUCUUCCUUAAAACUCAUAAACAGGCUAGAAAUAUUGUGUUGUUGGGGAACUGUUGAUCUGUUCUUGGGAAGAAACAGAGCUAGAGAGCUGGCUUUACACUCUGGAUAAACUGCAAGGGAUUGGCUGGAAGAGCAAGGCCCACUGGCCCACAAUUUCAUGGUCUAAUAGUUUACUAAUUCAUCCUUGUCUGGGGUGAAGGUAGCCUGCAGACUCCCACAGAGCUGGUGGUGGUAACCAUUAGAGAAGCAGGCCUACUCUGCAAGGCCGGUGUGCAAGGAAGAAGCAUAAGAAGUUCUCCUGGUGAGGCUUUGCUACAGGUACAAGAACACUGGUGUCCCUUUAUUUAUGCACAUGGAAGUGGUGCAAGACACUGUCUGGAAAAGCUUUGCCUAUUUAAUUUCUGCAUCUCUGAGUGCUGUUUUAAUUUAUACAUGCUUCUCUUUAAAGGAGGGUCAGAAAACAAUGGCAUCUUUAAGAAAAAGAGGGACACUAACUCAAAAGGCCAGAAGGACAUUCCGUGUGUUGAAAUAUACAAGAGUUAGUGAAUCUGAAGGGCACCAUAUGUUCCUGUAUUUCCCAAUUGGAUACAACCUCCAUAGCUUGACAGCGUUAAAGGACAGAUGGAGAUAGAGAUCAGAGGCUGCAAUCAGGGCGGAGGAAAUGUUCUGGAUAUUUUCUCUGGCUUUCAUCAGUUUUCUCCCCCGUUAUUCCAUUUAAGUGUGUUUCAAAUUCGAUAAUGAAAGCCACAGUGUCAAGUGCUUUCAAAAUGUAUGGAACGAAUCCCUGAUAUCAUCACCUCUUGGCUAGGUAUCUACUCAGCUCUGUAGUGGUUACUCCCUUCUCAACAAAUAUUGUGCACUUGCAUACUUAUCCACUCCAUUUAUCAGCUGCCCAAUAACUGGAGUUGCCUGGGUGACCUCCUGCCAUGUCAAUAACUCCGAUAGCACAACCUUUUAUAACCAUUUAGGUCAAGUAUAAUUGCAGAAAUAAAGCAUCCCUGCUUUUGAAUUCAAUUCACUGCACAAUGCUUUUACAAUUGCAGGAGGUGGGGAAGACGCUGUAUGUGCCUACAUUCCCCACCUCUUGUAUACAAAACCGCCUUUUCUUCAUUUCUUGCUGCUACAAAUAAAUUUAUAUCAAUACAGUCAUUCCCGUGCAGCACUAAUACAUUUAGAGUGGAGAAUUCAUACAAUUAUAUCCCCCCGUAACAAAUAUUUACCCUAAUGAAUGCAUAGCCGUAUGUUUUGUUUCUUUUUGCCACUAGAAAUCAUUCUGAGAAUAUACUCUGCCUUGCAGAGGAAUCAGUACAGUGGUAUCUCGGGUUACAGACGCUUCAGGUUACAGACUCCGCUAACCCAGAAAUAGUACCUCGGGUUAAGAACUUUGCUUCAGGAUGAGAACAGAAAUUGUGCUCCGGCAGCAGCUGGACGCCCCAUUAGCUAAAGUGGUGCUUCAGGUUAAGAAGAGUUUCAGGUUAAGAACGGACCUCCGGAACAAAUUAAGUACUUAACCCGAGGUACCACUGUAUUCCAGUGAUGCUUCUGUUGUCCUUCCAUGGAAUGGCCUUCAUUACUGUAAAAAAUCUGGGCCUCCUCUGGACUACAUGUAAUAGGAGAUUUGUCUGGAGACUUCUUACCCAGGAUUUUUCUUCUUUUCUGGAUGGUUCACCCUUGACUAAAAAUAUAUAUAAUUUGCUCAUUAAUACCAGCACUGGGAGGUUUCUUAGAUCCUGUCAAUUCAGAUCAUAGUGAGCACAACAUCUGCCUGCACAGAUUUCCAUUCAGUCCCCAGCUGCAAGGCUAGAUGUACAAUAUUUACUGCCACACAAACAACAAAAUGCAAAAUUAAUGAUCAAAUCUCUCAUGAAUUUCAACUGAGAUAUCUUGACAAACAUCAAAUGGGGCUUGUUUUGCAAUAUGAUUCCCCUUUUUUCCCCUAUCUCUCUCCCUCUUAUCUGUAAGCCUAUGGAUAAUUACUUGAAAUAUAUGAAUAAUUGUAAAUAGUUUCCACAUGCAAACAUACCGUAUUUUUUCAGUGUAUGAAACGAGGUUUUUUUGAUUAAAAAAAUUAUGUUAGAAAUUUGGGGUUGUCUUAUACAUGGAUAGUGCAGAGGGUGGACUGGCGACUGGUUGCUGCUGUGAGCAGGAGAUUGUCAGCAGUGAUAGGGCAGGUGAUUGGUGGCUGCAGCAAGGGCUGCUGUUGAUAGGCUGUCACCGCGGCAAUUGUGCGGGAGAUUGGUGGCUGCUGGCGGCGAUCGGGCAGUUGAUUGGAAGCUUUGGCAGCUCUUGCUAUUGUCAGUGGUGGUCAGCAACCCCCCCCCAAAAAAAGCUCAACAACUCUGGGCAAUCCCCCCCAUUUGUAGGGGGCAUCUUAUACACAGGGGCAUCUUAUAUACAGAAAAUACAGUACUUUCAAACUGUGCACUCCUGCAGUCUCAACACUUAAAAUGUUUCUAUUCAACUACAUCACAAAGAGUACCAAAAACUGCAUUAGUAAUAAAUAGGUAAUAAAAGAGGUCAUGUUUAUCCUUUCUUUCAGUUAGUUAUUUAAAAUUAAAUCUAUUCCAAUCUCUGCUAUCCCAGUUUUUCUUUUUAUAUUAUGCGCAACCAGCUUCCAACUGUCUAAUCUUUCUUUAUAAUUCCACGUUUCUUUCAUAUUACUGUCAAUUUAACAAUUCCCAUCUGUUCCCAUAAGCUCCUAACUCAUCCUUUCUUAUUUGGUUAGUGGCUAUCCUUCCAAGCCUAUUGAUAUCCUUUAUUGUUUUUACUGAGUGAUAAGUGCAAUCACAAUGUGUUGGGAGGAGGCUGUAGGGAAAAAUAGUACUGUUAGGUUGAUCAAUGAAAGGGACUGAUAGGUAAAAUAUUUGGUGCUCGGGUAUUUUAAAGACUCGUGGCUGCUUAUGGGGCAUGUGCUUGCGUGUGUGUUUGCAUGAGUGCAUUGUGCGUGCAUACACACAUGCUGAAUAAAUAAUUUCUUUUGAUUUAUGUCCAGGUUUAGUGCUCUAACUGCAACCUCUCUAUUUUUAGAAAUGCUGUCAAGGUUGUUCUUGGGCUUUGUGCAUUGCCUUUUCUUAUGCGGCUUGUCUUAAGCCAAAUUAUAUGAAAGGCCUUUAAAAACAGAGAGAAAUUCCAUCAAUAUGACUAAACUCAAAAUAGGCUUCCCUCCUGCAGCCCAACAUGGUGACCUUCUCAAACAUCCAAAAUACAGUCCAAAGGUCACACUUGAUAAAUUUGCACUUGGGUGAAAUUUACUUGUGUAUUUAUUCUAAUAAUAAUCUGAUUUAUGCAGCUUAUGCAUCCCUCUGAUUGGCUCUUAGGAUGAAGCACAUGUGCAUAAAAACAGCACGGUUUUUAAAAUCAUAUUAGCUGUGCGGCACCAGUGACUGGUGAAUCCUGGCAAAACAGAGAUGCUCUUGGUAUGUAGUCCCUAAAUUCAGGAAUUGGGUGGCGACCUGUCCUACAUGGUCACACACACCCUGAAGGUUCAUGGACUGGGAUAGCUCAGUUGGCAGAGCAUGAAACUGUUAAUCUCAAGGCAGUGGGUUCAAGCCCUAUGCUGGAGAAAAGAUUCCUGCGUUGCAGGCGGUUAGACCCUCGUGGUCCCUUCCAUGUCUACAAUUCUAUGAUUCUAUAAUCCUGUCACUAGAAGCCAGUGGCGCCGGAUAUAUGGAGUGCAAGAGGCUUUAGCUCCCUCAAUAUUUUGAGGCAGGAGGCGCUGCCUCCCAAUAUUGAGGGAACUGCCAUCACUGGCCGCUUCUGGGUGAGCACUGACACGACACCCAAAUGCCAGGAUGGAGGGCAAUUUCCAGAGUGUCCCAGCAGGCGUGGCCUGACAGGGAGGCAGGGCGUUGUGCAUGUGACAUCAUGCACAUGUGACAGCCCCCCAAUGUGGGGCCCAACUUGGUGUGCCUGAUAGAAGCCCAAGUGGCCUCUGUGGGAAGAAGUGCUUAUUUCCAUCUACAACUAGCUGGAUCAGGGCAGCCUUGUCACCAUACUACAAGCUACACUAAUUUAUUGAUUACUGCCAGGCACUCUACAUGGGGCUUCCCUUGAAGACUGACCAAAAUGGCAGGAUGGUGCUGCUAGAGCAGUGGUACCCAAUGUGAUGUUGUUGGACUCCCAACUCCCAUUAAGGCCAGCCAGCAUGCCUAAUGGUCAUUGGUGAUGGGAGUUGCAGUCCAUCAACAGCUGAGGGAACUAGAAGUUCCUCAUCUGCAUUUUAGUGGACAGGGGUCUAUGUUUAGAUUCUGUCAGGUCUGGCAAAAUCCCUUUAGCUGUCAGGGUGCUGUCUGCAGCUCCCGGAUGGUUGCCCAGGGAAGUAUAAAGACAAGGAAAAGUUUCUUACAGUUCUUUUUUCUUACAGUCCUUUUUUAUUUCAAACCUCACAGAGAGAAGCUACUAUAGAACCCAGUCUCUUGGAUAAUGGUAUUGUCCCAAGUGAAUUUCCAUCCGACCCCCCCUUAUCUCCCACUUUCCCAUUCAUUAUCAUCAUCCUCUAUGGGUGCCGCUAAGUGCCUCUGUCUUCGAGCUCUUUGCCCUCCUGCUUUUAAGGCUCACCAGGUUCUGGGAGAUGGUGAGUCUGGAAUGCUUUCUAGUGACAACAUGUCAGCCAGUUUCUGCUCCAGCUCUGCCUGCUGCUCCUCUCCCAUUAUUUCCCAACUUUUCCGCUCACCUGCCUCUGAGCUGUGAUCUCCCACAAACCACUGUUGUAAAUCUAUACUGUUUUCCUCUUCUUCCUCCCUGGAAGGGUCAGGAUGGGGAGGCAGUCUCCACACUCCUCCUCGUCUGCCCAGUCCCUGACAUUACCCCUGCCCGUACGGGCCAGUCGUGUCCGACUCUAGGGUUGCGUGCUCAUCUCACUUAAGAGGCCGGGAGCCAGCGAUGCCCAGAGACACUUCCGGGUCACGUGGCCAGCGUGACGAAGCUGCAUCUGGCGAGCCAGCACCAGCGCAGCACACGGAAAUGCCAUUUACCUUCCCGCUAUAAAGCGGUCCCUAUUUAUCUACUUGCACUUAGGAGUGCUUUCGAACUGCUAGGUAGGCAGGAGCUGGGACCGAACGAUGGGAGCUCACCCUGCUGCGGGGAUUCGAACCGCCGACCAUACGAUCAGCAAGUCCUAGGCACUGAGGUUUUACCCACAGCGCCACCCGCGUCCCUGACAUUAGCAAACAGAAUUUUUUUGUCAGCUGAUGAAGUAGCAAGAUGUGAAUUUUUGGUUGCUUAGCAGAACCCGUUCUGGCACCUUGGUCCCUUGGAGUUAUGUUUGUUUGGCCUUCCACUGUAGGCAGUUCAAGGAGAAGGGAAAGUGUGUGUUGUUUAGCAAGCUAAAAAUGGCAUGUUCCUUCCUGUUGCCUCCAGAGUCUUUGCCUGAUCCAUUCUUCAACAGCUCAUGAAAAGUGACACUCACAUCCAUUUGUUUGUGGGUAGAAAUCACAAGAAUGACAGGAGAGCCAAGUGGAAUAUUCAGUUUUCUGAUUGUUCUGAAUAUGUUGAUAUAUGCAGCAAGGGCAGGACCGUCCAGCUGCAUGUCAGAAAUUAUAAUAAUUGCAUAUUAGCUUCAUUUGCAUUCAAGUUCCAAGCACAGGGCUAUGACAUAAAUGUACACGAAGUAAGACACGAAAACAAACCUUUUGUUUUAACGAAACACACAAACAUAUAUGUUUUGAUAAAUAAGGAGGGUUUGCAUUUAACAACACCCUGCAAUUGGCUUCACACAAAAAGUGGAGGCCAUUCAUUAGCAGCCACGCUGUGAGAUGCUCAACUUAAACAAAAGCAUUAGCAUAGGGAAAUUUGCAUUAAUUCUUCACUGUCACCGCUUGGAAGAUACUGUUUAUUCUGUGCAUUUCAAUUCCCGAACCAUUUUGCAGUAAAAAUGAUUAAAAUACCUCACUGCCAUUUAAAUUCAAAAGGCAGAGUGAGGAAUGGAGCCCCUGUUGCAUGAUUAUUGCACUGUGUUUUUAAAUGGACGUGGCUGCCCCUUCUCCCCUGCAUAAAGUGCUGCAAGAAAUGAGGCAAAGGCAGCUGCUACAAAUGACAUCCACCAAGCACUAGGAAUAUAUCAGUUGGUCAGAGCAGUCCAGAGCCCCUAGCUUGCACUGGGGGGAGGCUAGCUUUGCCAUCUAAGCCAGUCUCUCGUUGGUUGCCACCAACAGAAUGGUGUGCCACUCCAUCAGUGCAGCUCUUCUUCUUCUGCCUGCUGAGCAUGAGUGCCAUUGGCAGGAUGCCCAUAAGGGACAGCCAGCAUAAGAGCAGACUGGGGCAAUCUAGGGGCAGGGAGCAAGGAGAGCUAAGCCAGUCCAGAAUCCAUUAGAUCCUGAGACAGUUUCACUGGUCUCGUGCAAUGGCAUUGGAUCCAUUCUAGGCCCUAUCGUUAUGCCAGUUUCAGGUCUUCCUGCAGUGAUCUACCUGUCUGCUUUCCCCCCCAAACACACACAUUCUGCCCUAGCUGCCAUGCAUGGCAGGGCUGCAGAUGUGAGCACGCUGCCCCUCCGUGCAGACUCUCCAGUUGGCUGCCAAAGUUUGGAUUGUGCUCAGACUCUAGGAUGGGCAACUCAGGCAAGCCUACCCAGACAUGUAAAAGGUGACAUGUGUUUUAAUCUGUAAUUUCAACCGCUGGUUUAAAUUGUAUUUUUAAUAUUUUAAAACUUGCUUUUAACUCUGACUUUUAUUGAUAAUUGUAAUGUAUAUUUUAUGUUUUCAGCAAACUACUUAGAGGUUAUAUUUAUAGUUAUGUGGUGCACAGGUUUUGUUAAAUAAAAUAAAUAAAAUACAUUUUUAAAAAACCUCUUAGUAACAUGAAGCCAGCUUAAGGUUUAUGAGCCAAUAAAACAUCCACACUCGAAUCUCCAGAGGUCUAAAAAUCUAGGAAUGUGUUUACACAGUUUAUAGAGGUAAUCCUAAGGUAUUUGUUUAUAGAGGUAACCUAAAAGAAAAUUGAACCAUGGAAGACUAAUGUGUUCUACUUAACAGCUCUGCUGCCUAAGGAACUGUGAUACUGCUCUGUAAUUUGGAGCUUGAGACUUUUCCUCAACCUGGCCCAAUUGCACUGCCUGCCAGUAACCUGCUAGGCUGGACAGCUCCAAGUGCAACCAAGUAGAAGAAGAAGAAGAAGAGUUUGGAUUUGAUAUCCCGCUUUAUCACUACCCGAAGGAGUCUCAAAGCGGCUAACAUUCUCCUUUCCCUUCCUCCCCCACAACAAACACUCUGUGAGGUGAGUGGGGCUGAGAGACUUCAAAGAAGUGUGACUAGCCCAAGGUCACCCAGCAGCUGCAUGUGGAGGAGCGGAGACACGGACCCGCUUCACCAGAUUACGAGUCUACCGCUCUUAACCACUACACCACACUGGCGUAGUUAGUUGCUUAGAUAGACAGAACACUCAAAUGACACUCCUGUGAUCUCAAGGUGGAUCUGAAACUUGGAACGUGUGCAGAGGGUGGCAACCAAGAUUAUCAAGGAUCUGGAAUGGUUAGGGGAGUUGGGUAUGUUUAGUCUGAAAAAGAGGAGACUGAGAGGAGAUAUGAGAGCCAUCUUCAAAUACCUAAAGGGCUGCCACAUGGAAGAUGGAGCAAGCUUGUUUUCUCCUGCUCCAGAGGGUAGAACCCAAACCAAUAACUUCAAGUCACAUAAAGGGAGAUUCUGACUAAACAUCAGGAAGAACUCUACUAUUCUGUGAUUCUAUAACCUGUGCUUAUAUGUGUUGAGAUCAAAGAUGGGGAACCAGACAAAAAAGGCAAGCUUUAAUUUUUUACUGUUUUAUUUAAUUAUUUUAAGCUCUGACCAACAAGAGCUAAUAUUUCCAAGUGACCCAAACUUAGAGGAACUAAUUCUCUAAUAUUUCUUGCACAAUGGGGGUGUUUUCUUGAUAAACCAGAAGGAAAACUGCAAGACAGUUUCAGUUUUUACUGGAACACACCCAGAGAGGUAUUUGGAAGCACUCGAUUGGGAGCUGCCCAGAGUGGCUGGGGAAACUCAGCCAGACGGGCAGGGUAUAAAUUUUUUAUUAUUAUUAUUAUUAUUAUUAUUAUUAUUAUUAUUAUUAUUAUUAUUUCAGGGGUCUUAGCCACUGGAAGCCUCAUCCUCCAUUUUAUUCCUACAACUUAGCCAGUUCCUGAGUCACAAGAGCACCUCUCCUCUUAUCCCAUGACUGCUGAGCUUAUUCAGGAGUCUUUGGUAAGGUACCAGGUUGUUCAUACACUCCAAGAAGAUGAAGCUUGACACAAACCAAUAAAAGCUAGGCAAAUCCUGCCAGAGUCCUUUGUACUAUCUUGUUCAUUGUAUUUCUGCAGAAGGGACUGGGAAUAAUAAUAAUAAUAAUAAUAAUAAUAAUAAUUUAUUAUUUGUACCCCGCCCAUCUGGCUGGGUUUUCCCAGCCACUCUGGGCGGCUUCCAACAAAGAUGAAAAAUACACUAAAAUGUCACAUAUUAAAAAGGCUGAACUCCCAUUUUCUGAGGGAGCUGAAUGGGUGGGCCUUUCUGUCUCUGAGUAUUAGCUUCUCUCAUAGGGGACAGAGGGGCAAAUAGACUGAGCUCUGGUUUUGUUGGUGAUCCAGGAAAAAUAGGGUUUUCCUAUCUUUGCUGGCCAAAUCCUGUAGUCAGAGUUAGGAGGAGUAGGCAGCUUGUUUUCUAGCUUGGUUCAGGCUUUUAUCAGUCUAAAACUGAACCAAUUUGUCCAUUGGUGGGAUAGCGAUGAACAGACUUGGGAAAAGCAGCAAAAUACCAUAUGAAUUUCCACAGGGUGACUUGUAACAGAAGUUAAUCUGUGAACAUAUUAUUGUUUUAAGUGACACAGCUGCCCUUCCUGUUGUAUUGUAAGCUUGUCAGGGAUCACAGAGAAUUGUGUGAGGAGUUCUUCAUUUGGAAGCCAUUUCACAGUAAAUUGCAGCUUCUGUGUUCCAAAUUGUUCUCUGAAAGAGAUUCAUCUUUCCUUCUUAUUGAUAGAUUACUAGCUUCCCACUGAUGGCAAACUGCUUAUAACAAUGGGUUAAAUGAUCACCAUGGUUUGCCUGACAAGAGAAAGGGACACCACAAAGGAUAGUUAGAUAGGCUACUAUUUCAUGCUUCAAACAUAUUUUUGCAAUCCAGCCAGGAGGCGUUUUCAGACAAUUUUAUGUGGAAAAGAGAAAUCCUAUCUAUUUAGCUAAUUGUUAUUUGUUAGAGCAAAAUCAGAUGCUUUUGUAUUUGUGUGCCUUCUGCAACAAGGUCACGAGAAAGAAGCCAAACACUGGCUUGUCCUAACCAAAGCUAUUUACCUUCAUAUAUAGGAUCUCUGAAGAAAUCAGGCCUUGAAAUUCUUAUUCUUGUUUCUAUUGCCUAAGGUAUAUGAUGGUGUGCCGUCACCUCUAGCACUGCUUCAGAGAGAGAAAUGAAAGUCAAACUAGUGAGAAAUCAAAUUCUGCCUGCUUCAGCACAACCACUGAAUGACAAAAUAUUUUUAAAAGAAAGUUGUGAUUUUCAAUAAAUCACUUAGCCCUGGAGACAUGAGCUUUGUUGCACAAAUCUGAAGCAUGCCCCAGUAAUCACAUCUGAAAAUUGAGCAUGAGCUCUACCUUUCCUCCCACCAAUAUAUACCCAAUAGUAUACAAAUGUUUCAAGGCAGCUGUAUUAUAGAUGGUUAUAGAUGAUAUUUCCCAUUUCCCAUAUACAUUUAAUACUUCUGCAUAUGAGUAGGGUGGUAUAGAGCCCCUCCAGAUGGCCUGCUUAUUAAGCAUUCAUCCCGAUUUGCUUGCACAAAGCUUACAUGGAGAUUAGUCUAUGUUUGGUCUUUACUGAGCAUUUUUUCUCAUUAGUUUGUGGGGAUUUUAUAUGACAAACAGCAUUUAUCUUGCACCGAUCCUGAUAUUCUUGUGUGGUUGUUCUGUAUCAUUCUUUUAAUCAUUUGCCCAUCCCACACUUUUUCCUCAUCACUUUCCUAACUGCAAAAAGCUGGGGGGGGGGUUUCAUUGGAUUGGAUUUGUGUGUUUUUCAUUGGAUUUAUUGUCCCACUAUGCGUUUGAAUCCACAGUCAACACCCCUACAAAAUACUGAUAGUCUGAAGGCGUCCAUUGCUGAAAUAUGAAAUAAAAUGCAAAAUGGAAUCACUUAAAGGACUUGUUGUCUAUUCUGUGGUUAUAUCAGGUUCAAACUGGAAUGUGAGGUUUACGUGCAAGUUCAAAACACACCCAAAAGUUAUCAACCAUGGUCAGAGAACCUUGUCAUUGUGAGGAGAUGGUAGGUCACCAGGCUUCUUAGACUAAAAAAAGUUUUGGCAAAAGAAGCUUUUAUUGAGCAUGAGACUCUUUAAUCUCAGGUUUGUGGGUUCUAGCCCCAGAUUGGGUGAAAGAUUCCUGCAUUGCAGGGGGUUGGACUAGAUGACCCUUGUAACCCCUUCCAACUCUACAAUUCUAUUAUACUCAACUGGCAUGUCAAAAAAGGCUUGAAACCGGUUUCAGUACUCUGGACAGGGGAAGCUUAUGUCACAACAUCCCUAGUUAUGUACAUAAGAUGUCAGUUUAAAAAUGAAUGGUGGGUCUUUCAAGUGAAAGAGGGCUUGAUAGAAGUGUUUCCUUUCUCUACCUUUAGCCUGCAUUUUAGAAACUCUUCAGCUGGAUCGGUUCAUCCAGGAUUUAAUGGUUAUCUGGGAUGUAGUCAACUGACCUGAUUGAAAUGGUGCCGUAAGUAUUGUGUGCCCCCGAGAAAUAGUUUUGUAAUGGGAAUACGUGGAGACCUUUAACGAGAGGCAUUCAGGUGUGAGAGAUGAUAACAGUCAGUUGAGUGUCAUGCUUUGUGGCUUUUCAUCACAGAAGAGAAGUAUUUGUAGCCGAGGCUGUAAAUUGCAUCCUACUGCAUGGGUGGUCAGGGAGAAAUGGAUACGUGCUGUCUGAGCUGGUUUCUAUGCAAAGGUCACCACACUGAGGCUCUGAUGAAGUCCUUUGAGUUCAGGGGCUGACUGAAUGGUGGAUAUUUAUCAAUGGCUUGUGGAAGGGUUCUAAAUAUGAGCCCUCUUCUGCACUUUAACACCUGGACGAAAAUCUGAUUUAUAAAAGAUUAUGGUACAUGGAUUAUGGAUUUUAUGACCACUGGUGAUGGAGAUGUCAGGGUAUCAGUUAUGUUUGGCAUUUCUUUGAAGUGGACAGCUGAGGUUGUACAUCUCACCACUUGUUUGUAUAAGUUUAUCAAGAUUCAAAUUAAAAUCUUUAAUACAGGAGAUGUGAGAGGACAAAAAACAGUUGAGGAGAAACUCCCACAAGCCUGCAAACUCAUGAGGGUGAGAUCCUGUUGAUACCGUUGCCUCAUGCCUUUUCAACAUUUCCUCUUAAUUCUGAACAGUGUUUAUAAGUUGAGCUGAAAAGCAAGCACAUAUACGAACAAAAUAUUCACAGGCCUCUCUGUUUUUGUUUGGUUUUUUUCCAGGCUACAGAAUCUGCUCUUGUCUUUAUUGACAAGAGCCUACAAAGCUUUCCUUUCAUCUCUUCCCUGUCUCCUAAGGUCACAAAAAUGCUGAAAAAGCAUCAACUUGGUAUAGGGAUCAUGUCACCAGCCAUAGUGACCUCAAUUCAUAGUGACCUCAAAUGUGUCUAACCUCCUUAUAAACCGCUUUAAGUUUUUUUUGACAGUCAAGCAGUGUGUAAAUUUUAUGAAAUAAAUGAAUACCCUAUAUACUUGAGUAUUUUUUAUGCUGAAAAAGCCCCCCUCAGCUUAUACUUGAGUGAGGCGGGCGGUGGCGGCGGAGGGGCGAGCGGCCCGAAAGGAGCCCUUUCUCACCGCUGGGCCACCCGCCUCUCGCAAGGAUAGGCACAGGAGCCAUGGUUGGGAGAGGCGCUGCGCUGUACCUCUCCCAACCGUGGCUCCUAUGCCUGCUCUUGCGAGCGGCAGAGGCGGCGGAGGGAUGAGUGGCCCAAAAGGAGCCCUUUUGGGCUGCCCCUUCCUCCUCCGCUUCUGCCCCUGAUGGCAGAGGAGGAACGAGCAGCCCAAAAGCAGCCCUUUCGGGCUGCUUGAUCUUCCUCUGCCGCUGCUGCCACCACCAGGUUUGUGGUGUGGUGAACCGGCUUAUACUCGAGUUAAUAAGUUUUCCCAGUUUUUUGUGCUAAAAUUAGGUGCCUCGGCUUAUAUUCGGGUCGACUUAUACUCGAGUAUAUACAGUAACUAAUAUGGGAGUGCUGCCCCCCUAUCCAUCUUCAAUACAGGCUCUGUAUUUAUGCUCUCUGAUAAACCAAAAUGCGCUCUGUACAUGCUCAGAAGAACUCUAAGCUCACAGAUUCUGGAGCGGACCUUUGAUAAAUUGCAACUUAGGGUCAAACUAUAUACAACGCCAUUCAUGCAAUUAGCAGUUGCACAAAUGACUUCCUUUUUAAGUAAAUUUUAGGAAAAGGGGAACUAUUCCAGAUAAGAGCUGGAAGAGGGAUAUAAUUCUUUGACUGGCUCUGUCCCCAGUCCAGAAAGGCAUCUACACACUUACACACACACACAAGAACACCUGCUAUUUGCAUUGGUGGGAAAGCUUCCCUGCAUGCAUGAGAACCAAAUAGGAGCGUAUAAAGAGGAUAAGAAAGAAUGGAGCUGGGAAGAACAUUCCCCUUAUUGAUUCCAAAUGUGAUGCCUGACCUAGUCCCUAAAAGGAUUCUGUCUGCCUAUGUCUGCAGCAGGGAGAGUCGGGGAUAUUUCAAGCUAGCUGCCCCCUGUCAGUGAAGGUUGCUUACUUAAUUCAGGGGCAUUUCCGACAUGGGACUGUGCCACUGAAACUGCAAUCCUGAAUGCACAGCAUUUAGCACAGUGGGACUUCCUCCUGAGUAAACAUGUGCAGGAUAGGACUGUGUGUGCACACCACAGCAUUAACAGCCCCAAACGCCUUUCCGAAGAAGGGGUUUGAUGUCAUUCUCGUUUCACAGAAGAGUGACAAGGCAGUGACAACAAUGAUCAUUCAGUAAAACGCUGAACAGUAGGAGAGCACAUGCCCUCUCUUAAGGGAUGCCUUUGAUCUGACAAGGUCAAUUUUAACCAGAUUCAUAUUUUGUGGUGUACAUUUUUAAGUGCUGCUGCAGACAGACAGUCUAGCCACAGGAUCUUCGGCAAUGUGUGCUCACUUCAUAGUUUUAACUGCUUUCCAAGAUUGGAUGGGAGCAGAAUUUAAUCUCCGAUAAAUCUUUAUCUAUGCCGAACUGUUGUGGCAAACAUAUUGCUGCUCCUGCUUCUACAAGUGCUAGAAGAGAAUUGCGCUGUAACAGCAUUUUUUACAUGGCUCCUACCAGGGACUUAAUCAAGAAUUCUUAAGCAAUUAGAGGCGGGGGAGGGGGGAUAUAUACCACCAGCAGUCUUGGUGCCUGCUGCAUUGAGGCCUUAGCCACAUUUAUAUUUUGCUAUACUAUUUCCAGGCACAGGUUCACACUUGAAAGCUCCUUGUCUGAGCACCUUUCCCCUCCCUCCUUGAGCUGUCCUCACAAAAACCUGCUCUUUAGCGCUCAGUCGGAGCAAACAUCAGUUCAGGUUUUCAGCAGAUUGACAUUUGCUCUGAGUGAGUGCUAAAGAGCAGGUUUCCACAGACAAAACAAAGAAAAAAAGCAAUGGUGGUCAGACUUGGAGCUUUAAAGCAUGGACCAUACCUAGAGAGAGCAGAGGAAAGGUAUGUGUGGAUAAGAGAUGGCUAGAGGGCUGCAUGGACUGCAUCAGGACAUCCAAUUUUGGGGUGCUAUGGCCCCAAAAUUGUCUGAGGCACAAUCUUGCACAAGUCAUUUAACGUGCAUGUGAGUGCAUACCAGAAGAUGCACAUCCUAGUUUUCCACAUAUUGUAGGGCAUGGGUUUUAGAGACUGGGACUGUAUAGGGAACAAGUACUUAUUUAUGCAGAACAUUGUUAAGCUAUGGAACUUACUCCUGCUGAUGACCAUCCCUGUGAAAUACCCCUGAAGCCACAGAGGGGUUGCAUCCUAAUUAUCCAUGAACAUUAUGGUCUUGUUACCAGUGGAUUCUUGUGAACUCUUGCUUCAGAACAGUGGCUACUGUCUGUAGCAGUUAUCUAGAUAUUUGAUAUGCUUGCGUGUACCUGUUCUGAAAACAACAACAGGCCAACCACUCCAGCCACUUUAGUGUUUGUAUAAACUGUUCAGAUUCUUUAUUGUUGUGUUCCAUACUGUGCAGUGGAAUUUUGGUGUGUGUGUCUUUGGUCCUAGGCUUGAUUCUUGUAUAUCUAAUUCAUAAUCCGAUUAGAAUGAUUAAUUCUAGAGCACUGAGCAGCACGUCCCGAUAGCUGCUGAGAGUGCCAAGUCAGCAUUCUAAGGAUUGUAAGCAAACUUACCCGCUGCAUUUAUGCUAAAGCUUGUUAUCUCACUAGUUCAGUGUGUCACAGCUGCCUGGAUACAUCUGUAAGCAAAUACAAAUGCCAAGCGUAACAUAUGACUGUCUGCAGAGGAGAGGGAAAUCAGCACUUGAUAUCUGAUAAAUCAAGAGUGAAUAAGCAAGCCUUUUUGAAGGCAUCUCCAAAACUCAUUUCCUCAUUAUGGAUCCCUUCUCCCUCUCUUUCAUAUUUUCCUGUGUACCGACACGACUAAGCCUUUCUGCAGCUGCUAAACAUGGUCGCAUCACACCCUCCCUGCUAUGUGGGUAGAAUUGAAACAUUCCAUCUGUGUGGUAAUGAUAUUUUUAACCGUCGUUCUUUAUGCUUUUAGGCAUACACAGCCAAAGAUAUCCUAUUUCGGAAGCGAAAGCAUCCAUCUUUUAUGGGCCAAUGGUCUCUCAUUGUAGAUUGACCUUAAAACAGCACAUCCAGCACACUGAGCAAUGCUCAUGCUGCAGGACUGCAGUUGGUGAUGUGUGCCAUCUGCAGCAUUAUGAGAGAGUUCAAAUUGUGGGGUAACCUGCAGCCAAUAAGGAAAGGCAUCUCCAGAGCAGUUUCUUCCUGCUGCUAUAAUGGAGUUAUAUGCUAUAUAUGCUAUAGAAUGUGCUAUAGCUAAAGCUGUUAGCUAUAAUUCCUUACUUUAAACAAGCACACCCAGAAAGAAAUUAUCUCUCUCCCACCCCACCUCUUUAAGCUGGAUGUACAUUACACAUACACUGCAUAUGCAGACUUACAGAAAUUUCAGACUUGGCUUGCAUUGCGUUUCUUUGUGAUAAAUUGCCACUGGUCUAAUCACAUAAAGCACAAUGCUGGCAAAUAACUGGACUGGCCAGUGUGAGACUUCUGUACAAGCAGCUGGUAUUGGUAUUCAUGCCUCAGACACCAUGGAUGUUCUAGCCACGGAAUCAACACUGGAGUUUAUUCUGAACGGAUGGGCCACUGCUAAUUUGCACAUUUAAUUAACAUAAUUGGAAAUGUUGGUGGUUGACAGUAUGGGAGUUGUGACAAGUCCUAUCUCUCCAGCUGAGUCUUCCAACAGUCUUUGAAACAAACAAAAAAAGCUCUGAUAUUGCCAAGCCCAAAUGUUCAAAAAUAGGACUGAUGUAAGGGUCCUUUGAUUUGCCUUCUGGUUUCUGAGCUUUCAGGAUUCAUUGCCAGUAUUUUUCCAGGUUUUCCCCCACUACAACUGACAAGUGCUACAACCCAUUUAAUAUAUAUACAGUAUAUAUAAUUAAGAUUCCUGUUUGAACAAGAGUCCCCAGGCCAAUGGGAAAUUGCUUCUUAGAGCACAGAUUUCCCACCUCUCCGAACACUUUAUUACAGACCUAAUAUUCCAACCCCCAUGCUUGGUAAUGUAAUCUAAAUCCUUCCUAGAUGAAUUGCAACAUACGGUGUGUAACAGUGAGUGGACUGUCCCCAUACACUGUGCCAUUUCCAAAUCAGAGCUUAUUCCAGAGUAGUCUCCUUCACUACUUUGCCCUCCUCCUUCCCCUGGGGUUCUGCUUGCUGCAAGCAUUAGCGUUGUGUGUGGGGUGGGGGGUAGAGAGAGAAAAAUUAAGGGAGCACUGUGCAACAGAAAUGGACACCCAGGAUGUGUUAGCAGAGUCUUUGCGCUGGUUUCUACUAGAGCACCAGGUUAGUUGAAUCUGACCCAGAGUACCCAAAAAUACAUUUGACAUCUGAAAUCUGUCUUAUGGUUAUUCCUAUCAGCUUCUGAAACGUGGCCACAGAAGCCCUUCUCCAUGUUCUAUCAAUAGGAGAAUUAUAGUGUCCAUGUACAUAUAACAGGGGCUUCUCUGUGAUGGUGGGCUGACUUUGGAAUGAGGAAGUUACGCCUUCAGCCAAUUCUCUAUUAUUCCCUAUUGAAGUUUAAAACAUUGUUAUUUGCCUGGCAUUUUAAAUUAUUUAAUUUUUAUCUGGUUGAAUGUUUUUAUUCCUCUCAGUAUUGUGUUUAACUGUUCUAUGCUGUUUUAAUAUUGCAUUGUGGAUUUUAAAUUGUCAUAUAUACCUCCCAAGAACUCUAUGGUUCAUGGGUGGCAUAUAUGACCUGGGGCAGUUUUUUAAAUCCUUAAAACAAAACAAAACAUUGUCUUUAUAUUGAGUGUUGCUAAGCAGACUCCAGCUUUCACUGAACUUGCUAAUGCUGUGUCAUCUUAUUUCUCCCAGGACUGCCCAAGGAGCUGAUGGGGCUAUCUUUACGAAUGUCACACAGUAGGUUCUGAGACAACUUUAAUGGAAAGAAAGAAAAAAUGGCUGUUCCCAUUUGAAAAAGGAUUCUCACGCACAGACUCACAACAGCCAACAGCCAUGUCAAAAAAAGGACGCAGCAAGGCUGAAAAGCCUGAGGCACUGAUUAUGUCCUUACAAGCUGCCAAUGAAGAUCUCAGGACCAAGCUAACAGACAUUCAAAUUGAGCUUCAUCAGGAGAAGUCUAAGGUGAGUGAAAAAAUGGUAGUCAGAGGCAGCAGGUGAUUAAAAAGAACAUGACAUUGCAAGGAGUUAAUUAAAUAUGCCUUCCCGCCAUCCCAGAAGAGGGAAUGAAUCAAGCUUGCAAUGCUUAUUUGUGAGGUUUGCUUCUGACUUCCCUAAACGGGAAGUAAAGACAAAACACACUUCAGUAAUACAUGCCAGGAUGGGCUUUUACUCUAUAGCAACGGAACAGCAGGGUAAAAGCAGUAACUAAGGGUGGAGCUGCAGCAACCAGCCUGUGUAGUAUGUUCUACAAAGCCAGCCACAGCCAUCUGUGCUGCUCUUUAGCAUAUAUUUAAGAAGCAGGCAAACUUCCCCAUAUAUACCAUUUGGUGAGUUGGUUCUCUGUAUUUACCCAAGUCCUUUUAGGAUACUAGACAAAUAAAUGGUCGGUCUGCUUUUAGUACUGACAUCGUUCAAAACUGGCUUUAUGGAAAAGAACCAUGGCUCAGUGGUAGAAACAUGCAAAAGUUCCCAGGCUCAAUCGAACUGCCUUGAAACCCUGGGGAGCUGCUGUCAGGAAGUGUCCACAGCACUGAUGUAGAUAGAUCAGUGCUCUGACAGCUUCAUGCGUUCCUGGGCUGCAAAGUGAGGUGGAAAAGGGACUGUAGAAUUCCGACUGUACUAUUUCAGAUUGCAGAGGAGAGUUACAUUAUGGAUGCUCUUGUGUCAAAAAACUAGCACAAUGGGAAGAUGGCUGGACCUUUCUUUCCCUUUUCAGAAGCAUUAAAAAAAAUGGCAUUCUUCCACCUGUGCUGUGAAAUGACAUCCAGAUUCUCUAUGAGUUUUACUUGCCGAUCUAACGCUGUCUUGCGACUUUGAAUUCGCAGUCCAGCCACACUAGCAAUUUUAUAAGGUUCUUGAGGAAAAUUUCCUCUCCCUUUCUCUUUCUGCCCAGAGAACUGUAAUCGACAUCAGUGACCCAGACUCUUUGAUUCUUUUGCCAAUAAGCAUCGCCUCAGGCAAAACAAAUCUAGGCUGCCACUGGAUUCCAUAAUUAAGCAGUACCAUUUUAACUUCCAUGAAGUCUUUCAUCAUGAAGACCUUUCUGGGCUGUCCAUAUAUCAAGGCUACCAUUGACCUCAGAGGACAAUCAACUGUGUCUGUCGAAAUCCAGUUUAUUUCAUUGUGGAAUGAUUGGGAUGAAAGAAAGACUCAGUACUGCAUUAAUAUCAGACAAGAUAGUGUACUCCAGAGUAUUUCUCCUUUGGCCCUCCAGUGAGAGUCAGUCAUUAAUUUGCAGCCCAUUUUAGCAACAAAAUAAUAAUUUUGAAUGAGAGGAGAGCUGUAAACCUAUGCCCCAAAAAAUAUGUGCAGAAGCUCCAGUCAUGUCAGUGGGACUUACCUAUGUGUAAGUGAGUGGAAAUUGAGCUUUUGUUUCCAAUUCAUCAUGUGCUGCACUCUAUUUUUACAAUCUUGAAAGACAGCUUGUGUUGGGUCCCCUCCCCCCUUUCCUUGGCACAGAUCCUGUAGCACUCAGGAAAAAAUUAGCUGCUCAGUUCACUUAAGAACUGUAGGCUAGUUGCCAGAGGCCUGGAAGAUGUAGCGUGAGGAGGAGGUUGUCCUGACAAUUGCCACUUCAUUCCAACCCUACAGUCAUCUGCAUCUCUUGGUUGGUUGCAGCUUUUUGGAAUGUGCUGUUAACAAGAAAGAGACAAAGGGACCCACGUCAUAUAUCGAGAAUGGGUGGGGCAACCAGAUUUUAAGAGCGGAAAGAAGAUUCAUGGUGUUCGUUGCAGUUUUUCUUGUAAUUUUUCCUUCUUGUAAUAAUGAGAGAUAUUCCUGAGUAAUAAUCCUAUUAUAAAUAAUCCUAUUAUAAACAGAGGAUGGGUAAGAGGCCCCUUCCUUAAAUGGUACUCUUGUGUUCUACAAAGGGGUCCCAUAGCAAAUACCUGAAGGAUCAGCAAGAUUGUCCCAACAGCGGAAAAGUGUCAUCUACUGUACAUUACUGGCGGUAUCAUCACCACAAUUUUAGAAACACAGUUUGAAUAGAGGUGAAUUCUAGAGGUCUAGGUGGGACAGAUGAAAAAAGGUGCAUAAAAAUAAAUCCAAUAAGUUUUGGAUAGCUUCAAGAGAAGCAAAUUAAGCUAUUAUUUUUGGCACAUUUUUAUCUAACUCUCCAAGGAGUUCAAGAUGGCAUUCAAAGGAGUUUCUUCAUUUUAUUCUAACAACUCUGUGAGGCAAGUAAGGCUGAGGUGAGGUGACUAUCCCAAGAUGUAUUGAGGCAACAAAAGCAUUCCCCCCUUCUUUAUUUUAUUCCUUCGUCCAUGGGUAUGGAAUAUAUUUUAAACCAGAUAAAUGCUAAGGGGAGGAAAAGUUUCCAAAGAGCAAUUUGGGUUCAGCAUAGGUCACCAAAGUCUUCACAUCAGAACUAAAACUGAUCAGUGCUCUUCCUAAGGCAAGAGCUAUUUUCAUAUCGCUUUUGGAGACAGCAAACUAAAACAUGUCCCCAGAAUCACCCUACAGCAAUUAUUCCAAACUGAAGUCUUCUUUCAAUGUCAUGGGGAAAAUUCACAUGGUGACCUCUAUGCAUAUGCACUCGGAAUACAGAGCAGGACCCCAGUGACUUCCCCCAUGUACCUACCAGCCCUGCGUGGGUACAGGUGUGUGUGGAGACUUUCUAACCAAUAAGGAACCCUGAUCAUCCUUACAUGCAUACGGUGAACAUGAAAAGUUGUUCAUCCUGGCAUGUGCAAACUGGAAGCUGCAUAGCCACUGGGGCUUGGGGUGGCAUGUAUGGUACUUUUCAAUGGUCUAAGCAUAUGCCAUAUCCAUUGAGGUGCAGUGGAGGGAGCAUGUGAGUGAAAGUCUGCUUAUGCAUAUGCAAUUAUUCCAAAUUGUACAUGUGUGUGUGCCAUGUGUAUGCAUGUGCAUGUGUAUGUGAACAUGUGUGUGCUGAAUCUAUGUAUGGUGGGUGCUGUUUAUGUGUAACUUCUGGCCUCACCUGUUCUGGCCACACCCACUUGUGUUUGUCUCCGCCCACUGCCAGUAUGUGGUCCGAGGAGGUUGGAUGCAACGAGGCCCUCGGAAUGAAAAAAGAGUCUCCACGCCUGGUGAGGUGGGUUGAGUUUUGGACUUCACCCAAGGAGACCUGAGUUCAGUUCCCAACUGAGCCACAAAACUCAUGACUUGGGAUAGUCACCUCAUCUCAGCCUUACUUGCCUCACAGAGUUGCUGGCUGAGCACAGAUAGUCCCUUUUUUCCCUCCACAGAAAAAGUCCACACGUGCAGUUUCUGACAAGGCUUCAUCGCUGCAAGCCUAUUACAAUAUUAUAUUGAUUUUUCCUUGGUGUUAUCACUGAGUGGGCCUCCCUGUUGGUUUUAAAUAUUUCUUUGCUUUCCCUUAAAUUGUAUUUCACUAUAUUUGUUGAAAAAGAAAUACUCAAAGGAAAGCCUUAUUUAUUGAACACCCCUCCCCCUGCAAACUUUAGUAUUAAACCAAAAUUGUUUCUCUAUCCAAGUGUUUUUCCCUCACUAAAUUGCUUUUGUCACUAUCAGGCUGCACUUGAAGUCUGCCCUCAUGAUGAUGUUGAAAGCAGCUUACAGUGCAGAAAAGACAUUAUUGUUGUUGUUUUCUGUCAAGAACCGUGAAAUAUUUAUAGGGGCGAGUGCUGAGAUCCAUACAUGAGCCCUUCUUUAAGCAAAAUUCCUAUUGAAUAUUGUUUCUGAAGUAAUAAAGAUGAAGUGCGGAUUUAAGCCACCCAUUCAGGUUGCGAUGCACAGACUUCAAAAGCUCUGUCAGCAGAUUUCAGAUGGGCUCAAGGAAAUAAUCAGUGUUGCGGAAGGGCCAAGCUAGAUGUGAGGCUUGUCACAUAGUUAACCCAGGCAUGCUUGCUUAUUUUUAAAAAUAAAUAGCUGGUGCAGGACUGAAUUUAGGUUUGAUGAGGCCCUAAGCUAUUGAAGGUUAUGGGGCCCUUUAUAUGUCCAGCUGUCCUUUGUCAACAACAAAUUGUCGCUGUUUUUUGUGUUGAAUAUAUGCUAUAUGGUAAUUUAUGGACCCAAUAGGUAUCUAAGGCCAUUUGCACAUGCAGAAUGUAUGCACCCUAUAUAUAGAAAUGAGCAAACCAGUGACAUUUUAGGGAGCAGGCUAGCAGGUGGGACCCAUUAUUUACAUCAUAGUAGCCUACACAACAUAAAACACUGUUGCUAUAUGUAGGUUUUAUUUUAUUUGUUUUUUAUCUUAUAUUUUGGAAAUGUAAAUCCAGGUGUUUUUUCCUUUCAAUUUUUUUGGGGGGCCCAAGAGAGUGGGGCCCUAAGCUUUAGCUUGUUUAGCUUAUAUGUGAAUCCGGCACUGAGCUGGUGCAUAAGGUGAGGGUGGGCCAUAUUGAGACCAUGAAGGAAGGCUUAAAAUCUCUCAUCCUCUUGCCUUCUAUUUGCAAUGGCAGAAAAGUUCCCUUGGAGACCAGCUGUUUGGUGGCAAUGUCAUGCAUGUGGAAUGCCAUCCCAGGUGAGAGUCACCUGGCCCUUACCUUGUUAUUGUUUUAGAACCAGGCAAAUAUUUUUUUUUAUUUACACAGCCUUUUAAAGAUUGCUAACUUUUACACUAUUUUCAAGAAUUUGUGAGUUCUGAUUUUUACCCUCUUCUGUGUUGUUGUCUUGUUGUUUGUUUCCCACUAUUUUUAUUCUUUUGUGGGAUUUCUGACUGGCUAUAUCUAUAUGCAGGAAUGCUGACUGGCAUAUAUAUAUUUACAGCAAAUUUUGUAAAUGAUCUCUUCAGCUUGAUUUAUGCAUCUUUCAAAUCGUAGAUAGAAGAAACAAAACUAAAUUCUCCAGAUGACAGAAUAAUUCAGCAGCAGUAAAACAAAUCACAUACACACAAUAAAGAGAGUUCAUGUUGAAGUGUCAGAGGAUAGUGCAGAGAGGGGGGAUAUUCAUCAGAAAUAACCUGCGUAAUGUAAGCCUUCUUUUGUGAAGUUACAAUCUUUAGAUUUGCUUUCUGGAGUCAGGCCUGACACGAGCAGAAUCUUCCCUUGCGUACCCUUAGAUAGUAUUUUGUGAAAUUGAGACACAGAGGAGCAAAGGUUUAAUCGUCACCUUGGCUCAAAAGCCAUACUUUCCUUUUCAGAAUAAGCUGCAUAUUCAGAGUAAGACUGAUAUGCAGGGCCGGAUUUAGAUUUGAUGAGGCCCUAAGCUACUGAAGGUAAUGGGGCCCUUUCUAUGUCCAGCUGUCUUUUGUCAACAACAAAUUGUCACUGUUCUUUAUGUUGAAUAUAUUCUAUCUGGUAAUUUAUGGACCUAAUAGGUAUCUAAAGCCAUUUGCACAUAACAAAAUAUGUAUUUUUCAAAGUAAUUGUUGAACUGAAAUACAAUUACAAAGAAGUGUGUGUGUGUGUGUGUGUGUGUGUGUGUGUAUAAUAUUAUAUUUUGUAAAUGUGCAUCCAGUUUUUUUCCCUUUAAUUUUUUUGUGGGGCCCUAAGCUAUAGCUUGUUUAGCUUAUACAUAAAUCUGGCACUGCUGAUAUGCGAUACCACCUUCUUCCAUCUACAAAUCUAGUAAAGUGGCCUGCAUCAACAACGAUGAAUGGAACACAGAACUGUAGGCUGGCCCAAAACCUAACUACCAGCCACAGAUCACCUUAGUGAUCUAUUGUUAACCAUUUUCUGGUGGCAUUGAAAAAUACCAAACAUUGGAUGAAUUACAACUCCCAGAUAGCUUUGCAAAUUUGCUUGCAGGUAAGGCACACCAUGUCCUUGUCCUCCGCCUCUGUAUCUUCACUCUCAUGAGCUAUGGUAGUUUUUUAAGCCUGAAAUACAGUGUAUUGGAACACAUACAAAGGAAAUGUGUUAGAUUUCCCGAAUUGCAGGGGUUUGGACUAGUUGACCCUUGGGGUCCCUUCCAACUCUAGAAUUCUAUGAUAGGAACAGCAACAACAACAAAAAGUCUUAGAAAUUUAUCUCUAUAAUUCAGAAUAAAUGCAAGACAAGCAUCUGAAUCAGUGUGCAAUUACCCAAAGGUGGAGAUCAGAUUAACUCAGGUGUGAAUUGCUUGGGACUCAGGGUUCACACUUCGGUUAAGGUUUGGUUGGAAACUUGCUGCUCAGGACUUUAGCUAUAUUAGUAAACAAGCUUUUGGUCUCACUCUUGGAAGAAAAAGAAGCCAUUUGGAAUUGUGUGACAACUGCAAAUUCUGUGAACAUUUUAAAGACUUAUAUCACCAUUAUCAACUUUUAGGCCACAAGCAAAGACAGAUCUGUUUACCCCAGCAUUUGAUUUUUAACUAAGAUCAUAUGGUAUGAUCAUACUUGAGCCUACUGCUGUGUCCACCCUUUUAGUAAGGAAGGCUAGGAUUCAGCCUUUUAAUCAAAUUGCAGGAGGAGUAUUUGUACUAAGGAAGGUUGUUUAAUUCUUUUGCUGUUGCUUUAAACUUCUGUGUUGGUAUACUUUUUUAUAAUUGCCAUCUGCUUUGAAACAUUUUAUGUAGCGACAAAUGUAAUGGAUAGUCUUUGUCGUCAUUAUUAAUUGUUUCAUUACAUCUAUUUUUCUCUCUCCCUUCCUUUAUUGUCUUCCUGUAGGUAAGCAGACUCGAAAGGGAGAAAACCCAAGAAACGAAGCGGAUCCGGGAGCUGGAGCAGCGCAAGCAGACAGUGCAGAUCACUGAACUGAAAGCGAAGCUCCACGAGGAGAAGAUGAAGGAGCUGCAGGCCGUGCGGGAGAAUCUCAUCAAGCAGCACGAGCAAGAAAUGGCUCGGACAAUGAAAAUCAGAGACAGUGAAAUCCAGAGGCUCAAGUCAGCCCUGUACGCAUUGCGGGAAGGGAGCAGCGACAAAGUACGGACAGCACUGACCAUUGAGGCUCGCGAAGAGGCCAGGAAACAAUUUGACUCUGAGCGCCUUAAGCUUUUGCAGGAAAUUACCGAACUCAAGUCUGCCAAAAAGCAGGUGGACGAAGCCCUGAACAACAUGAUCCAGGCGGAUAAGAUCAAAGCGGGGGAUCUUCGGAGUGAGCACCAAUCCCACCAGGAAGCAAUCUCAAAGAUCAAAUGGGAGAGCGAGAGGGAUAUCCGCAGACUGGUUAGUAACCUUAUAUGGAUGGGAAGCCGCUUAACAGGGCUCAGAAGUACAUAAAGUGGUAGCUUGGUUCUCAAACUUAAUUCGUUCCGGAAGUCUGUUCCCAAACCAAAGUGUUUCAAAACCAAUAAUAAUAAUAAUAAAUAAUAAAUUUUAUUUAUAUCCCGCCCUCCCCAGCCGAAGCCGGUCUCAGGGCGGCUAACAACACUAAAAUAGUGCAACAUUAUAAAAACAUUAUAAAAAUUAAUUAAAAUCAAAAUUGAUGGCAACCAUAAACUAAAGUUUGUAAAGAUUGCCAGAGGAGGGAGUCAGGCUGCGCCCUGACCAAAGGCCUGGUGGAACAGCUCUGUCUUGCAGGCCCUGCGGAAAGAUGUCAAGUCCUGCAGGGCCCUUGUCUCUUGUGACAGAGCAUUCCACCAGGUUGGAGCCGCAGCCGAAAGCCCUGGCUCUAGUUGAGGCCAGCCUAACCUCUCUGUGGCCUGGGACCUUCAAGAUGUUUUUAUUUGAAGACCGUAAGUUCCUCUGUGGGGCAUACCAGGAGAGGCGGUCCCGUAGGUACGAGGGUCCUAGGCCGUAUAGGGCUUUGAAGGUUAAAACCAGCACCUUAAACCUGAUCCUGUACUCCACCGGGAGCCAGUGCAGCUGGUAUAGCACCGGAUGAAUGUGAUCUCGCAGCGAAGACCCCGUAAGGAGUCUCGCUGCGGCAUUCUGCACCCGCUGGAGUUUCUGGGUCAGUCUCAAGGGCAGCCCCACGUAGAGCGAGUUACAAUAAUCCAGUCUGGAGGUGACCGUCGCGUGGAUCACAGUGGCUAGGUCAGGGCGAGAGAGGUAAGGAGCCAACUGCUUAGCUUGGCGGAGAUGGAAAAAUGCCACCUUUGUUGUAGCUGCAAUCUGCGCCUCCAUGGAGAGGGAGGUAUCGAAGAUUACACCCAAACUCUUAACGGACGGUGCUGGCACUAAUUGCACCCCCGCAAGAGAUGGGAGUUGCCCCCUCAAUCCCAUAUCGUCCCAUCCCAGCCAGAGGACCUCUGUCUUCGAAGGAUUUAACUUCAACCGGCUCCCACGUAACCAUCCAGCCACAGCUUCCAAGCAUCUGAUCAGUGUGUCUGGGGCCGAGUCAGGAUGGCCAUCCAUCAACAGAUAGAGUUGGGUGUCAUCAGCAUACUGAUGGCAGCCCAGCCCAAAACUCCGGACAAGCUGGGCGAGGGGGCGCAUAAAGAUGUUAAAAAGCAUCGGGGAGAGUAUCGCACCCUGAGGUACUCCACACACCAAGGAGUGGCGGGAUGACAAUUCCCCCCAAAGCGCCACCCUCAAAACCAAGGCGUGCUUUCCCAUAGAAAGUAAUGCAAAAUGGAUUAAUCCAUCCCAGACUUUUAAAAACAACCCCUAAAACAGCAAUUUAACAUGAAUUUUACUAUCUAAUGAGACGAUUGAUCCAUAAAAUGAAAGCAAUAAACAAUGUACUGCAGUCACACAAUCAGUCAGUCAGUAGCUGAACUGGGUUCCACACAGUCACAAAAAAAACAAAACAAAAAGAGCCACAAAAACAAAAACGCAAAAUAAAUAGCAAAAACAGACAGACCUCAGCGUAACACUCAAAAUGGAAGUGUGGCAACACUCAAAACAGAGCACAUUCGGCUUCCCAAAAAAGUUCACAAACCGGAACCCUUACUUCUAGGUUUGCAGUGUUUGGGUUCCAAGUUGUACCAAGGCGUUUGAGAACCAAGGUACCACUGUACUAGUUUUGUGCAGUUGUCACAACUCUUAUGUGACACCUGCAAUGACAAAAGAAAGGUUACAGGGGCAGGAAUGAAUUGGCUGCUGAAACAGGGCAGUGUAGCUCGAGAUGCCCCCAUCCUCUCCCCCACGCACACCACACGGAUCAAAUUCACUGUGGGAACAUUGCAUCCCCUUCUGAGUGUUAUCGAGACUGACAUAUAAAAUCAGUGAGCAUAACUUACAUAAUAGUAGUUAGUCUCCCUCGUUGUUAUUAGGGCAUGUGAACAAUGCAUGCAAGCAGCCCGCUUUGACUCUGCAUGAUUGUGUGCACGGGUACACAGCUGCCAAGAAAAAAAAAUUCUGUGAACUUGGGGUGGAGGCCCACAGCCGUUUCUUUCAGCACAGCCCCUAGGGUGGGGUGGGGGGGGGAAUAAGCCAAAACUGUACAAAUGGCAAUGUAUUCCAUGUAUCUCUCCCCUAGGCAAGCCGCCUCUCCUUAUAGGAAACUCUGUAUGACUUUUUUGCUUUGAAAAUCCAUUUCUUGGGGGGAAUACAUUUAAAGCAGGGGUAGGAAAUAUCCAUCCCAUGAUACGAAGACUGUUCACCUCUCUAUCUAGCCCAUCAGACACUCCCCAGGCCUCACCCCUUCUCCCCAGGCCACAGCCCUCCUCCAUGCUUUCUUUGGGUGGUUUUUGCCUUGCUGGGAUGCGUCCUUGAACUGUAAUAAAGCCACUUGCUUGCCUGUAUGGCGGAUGGAGUGGGGGGGUGGGUGUGUACAGAAAAUGCUGGCUUUUGCAUGGCUGGAAUGUAGACUUCCGUACAAAGUUAAAAGUUCAAUCCUUCAUCCUAUCCACUUUUCCCUGUGUCCUCGUCACUUACAACUGGUAUGUGGCCCCUGGGAGAUUGUUCCUUACUCCUGAUUUAAAAGAUGCCAUUAGGUGCCAUCCAUAUGGACCUGCACAUGGUUCCCUGCCAGUUUUCAGCAAACAAGCCAAAUUGUGCCACUAUACAUAAUCUCUCUUUCUCUUUCUCUUUCUCUUUCUCUUUCUCUUUCUCUUUCUCUUGAUGUAUCCCUCAUUUUCACAUUGUUCCUGUAAUUGUCUUUGCCUGCUUGCAAAGGUCAGCAGACAAGCAGUGAAGUAGAUUUACCCAUGCAAGUAGGCACACCAGCCUGCUAUUUGAAAUGGAAGCACAGGAACUCGAUUUGCAAUUGUGUUUGUUUGCCCACAGGUGGGGGGCACAGCUUGCCACUACUGCGAUCCCAAGGAGCACAAUGUUCUAGGGCUGAGGUGAAAUGGGGGUGAAGUGUUUCGUGUACAUUUCCACCCUUGGUGAAUGCAUUAUUCCUUUAUACGUCAUUGGGAGGUUCUUUUGCACUACUUUGUGAAAGGGUCUAACACUUUGCUCAAUAGGAUAGCAGGUUGGGGGUUAAAAAGGAGAUGUGAAUCCCAGUGAAGGUGUUUCAUGGCAGGCAAAUGACACCUUCCGUCGCAUGUGACAUUCACACUGCGUCACUUAACUGAGAUGUGCAUUUGAAUUGAUAUUCUGAUACAACAUGCAUGCAUAAAGGAGGCGUCCAUGAUUAGAGUUGGAUUGUAGCAAAAAUGCACUGCCAGUGAGCAGUGGAACUGAUAGUACAGUAUGACACAACCAGGUGGACAACAGGGAUGCUUUCUGUCCUCAGUGAUGUCAUCAUAUAACAAAUUUGACUGGAUACGUGCCACUGUGACAUCACCAAAUUCAGUAUGUGAUCCCUGAUUAGAUUAAUUAAUCACUGGGGGAAAGCCCUUCAAAUAAUAAUAAUAGUAAUAAUAGACUCCAAAGCAGCAGCAAAUGGGAAACAAUGACUACAAACAAAUGUUGAAAACUGUGUUAAAGAGUGGAAGGUAAAGGAUCAACUGCAGAUGUGCCUUUAAUUGAUUGUUGCUGUUUAAGAAAGUAUUUUCCUAUUUCUCUGGCCUCCAGGCUUAAAGAGGAUCAACUUGCUUCUCACUGCUAGUCUUGUAAAGUAUGCACAGAGUCCUACACAGAACAAUACAUAUAAAGGAACAUGAGUAUACCUUUCAAAAUCAUAUAUAUAUUCAGUAAAGCAGGAAGACAUCUAGUGGCAAGCAGAAGUCUAGAGAGAAAUAACAAAGCCAAUCUCUCUCUCUCUCUCUCUCUCUCUCUCUCUCUGUGUGUGUGUGUGUGUGUGUGUGUGUGUGUACAAACACUGCUGAGUGUAUACAGAGAGGGAGUGUUGGAUUCAGUCCACAGCACUGAAUUUGUCUGGAUGACUAGCCCAGAAUACAAACUUUUUGGGAGCCACAUACAAAGCCAGACCCUUGUGUCAUGCAUAUUGGCUUAAAAGCACAUUUCACCAGACUGGCAGCUCUGUAAACAAGAUCAGACCCUGCCUCACAGACUUUGCUUUGCUUUUAGGAAAGCAACUCCUGUUAAGGAUAUCACAAGAUAUUGCAGGCUCUGGAAGUGGCUUUGAGUUAUGUGUGGAAAAUUCUCCAGAGUCUAUUUUGUGUGAAUGCUUGCACAUAGACACCCCAAAUUAAUCAUUUUCUGAGCAUUUAUUAUUCUUAUUUCUGUUAUCUAGUUCAUACCAAAUUGUGACAUUUUCAAGUCUCACAUUGAGAGGUCUCAGUCAAAAUCAGUCUUCCCCAGUGUGGUUUCUCCCUGGUAUUUUGCACUACAACUCCCAACAUCAUGGUCUAAAUUCUGGUUAACAGUUUCACUGCUAGGGAAAAGCUAGUACCAAAAGUAGCCAACAUGAUGCCUUCCAGAUGUUGCUCGAUAUCAACUCCCAUCCGCUUUAGCCAGCAUGGCUGAUGGUCAGGCAGGGAGGAUGGGAAUUAUAGUCCAAUAACUUCACAUUGUAAUGACCAGGCCUUCUUGGUAGUGGCACCUGCCCUGUGGAAUGUCCUCCCACCAGAUGUUAAGGAAAUAAACAACUACAGUAAAUUACUUUUAGAAGACAUCUGAAAGCAGCCCUGUUUAGGGAAGUUUUUAAUGUUUGAUAUUUUAUCGUGUUUUUAGUAUUCUGUUGGGAGCCGCCCAGAGUGGCUAGGGAAACCCAGCCAGAUGGGUGGAGUAUAAAUAAUAAAUGAUGAUGAUGAUGACACAGAGUAAAUUGAACAUGACAUUGCAGAGAGGAAUGGGAGAUCUGAGUGUUGAGGGUCUAUCAUUUGUUUGUGGCUUUUUUCCUUUGUUUAGUUUACUGGAUAGCACUGUGUUGUUGUUUUGCAGUACAGUAUACAGUCCCACACUUAGCUGGGGAAACUGACUUUAGUUGAUAAAUGCUAGCCAGACAUUAAUCUGAGUCACCUUCUUGUUCUAAAAUUGUUCUAUACUCAUCUUACAUAAGCAAACAUUUGUAUGACUUUGCAAAACGAAAAGCUGCUCAGCAUCUACUGAUCUUAUCGACUGCAAAAGCUAAACGUUUUACGUAUAGUUCAACAACCAGUACUGCAGUUAGGACUACAGUGGUACCUCGGGUUACAUACGCUUCAGGUUACAUAUGCUUCAGGUUACAGACUCCGCUAACCCAGAAAUAGUGCUUCAGGUUAAGAACUUUGCUUCAGGAUGAGAACAGAAAUCGUGCUCCAGCGGCGCAGCGGCAGCAGGAGGCCCCAUAGGCUAAAGUGGUGCUUCAGGUUAAGAACAGUUUCAGGUUAAGUACGGACCUCCGGAAUGAAUUAAGUACUUAACCUGAGGUACCACUGUACUGACAUUUUUUAUGGACAGCUGCUUCAUUUUUAUAGAGUUGCAUGCAGAAAAUCAGGUUUCCCUGUGACUGCAUUCCCAAACAGGCAAAAGAGCUGACUGACUUCUGGAUAUCAAGCUUAUAUUAAAGACACAGAGCCUUUGCCAUAAAACUGUGGGCAGGCCUAUGCCAUGCAUUUAAACCACAUCCAACACACAUUUAAAGUACAUGAAUCUCCCCAAAGAAUCCUAGAAGCUGCAGUCGUCAUCCUGUCCCCCGUCCCCCGCAAAAAAACCUACAAUUCCCAGCAUGGUUUAACUACAGUUCCCAAGAUUCUUUGGGGAAAGUCAUGUGCUUUAAAUGUGUGUUGGGUGUGCUUUAAAGGUAUGGUGUAGAUCUGCUCUAAUUAGCCUACAUCGUCCAGAGUAACAUAUGUAGAAGUUAGCAAAAUGUGCUAUGUCCAAGUCAAAGGUAUGCCUUUAGCACACAAUCUUAAAUGGAGAGAGUGAAUGGGGUGCACCUCACAUUAAACGAUCUUACAGGUGCCCUCUAGGUGUUCUUCCCUGCCCUGUGACAGCUGCGAGUAGUUUGCACAUGGCUGUGAGAAUGCUUAAAAGAACCAAUCAUAUGUUUAUUACAGAUUUGGCACAGCAAACACACCCUUUCUUGAUUUUGUAGGAAAUAUCUACUUUAUAAGGUCAUUUAAGCAGUCUCCCCACCAUACAAGAACUCCCUACAGAAGAAUAUCUAAAGGACACAACAACCUUUCCACAGAGUAGUGCCAGCCAAUACAGAUUGAGCGAAAACUUCUCGAUCCUAACUGCAGGCUGGUUUAGAUGCUCUAAAACCCUCAGUGCAAAACCUCCCAGAAAGUAGCAUAAGAUCAUGUGCAACAACCCUGAUUGGUGUUGCUUCCUAGUAGUGAUUGGUGUAGUGCAAUAAUAACCACCACCUCCCUUUAUGACUGCCUACUGGGAAGCACCACCUCCCAAUGUGGUCAGAUUGGGUCAGACACUACUUCCACUAUACAGCUGCCUCCAUGGACCUUUCCACCUGGAAAACUUUAGAUGUAGGCUCUUUGAACCAGCCCUUUAGAUGUAGACAGUUUGAACCAGCUCUUUGAACCGGGAUUCAGGCCUCAUCAUGGGACUGAAACUGCCUUGGUCGAUGAUCUCCGGCGGGCUAGGGACAAAGGUGAGAGCUGUUUCCUAGUUCUGCUGGAUCUCUCAGCGGCGUUUGAUACCAUUGACCAUAACAUCCUUCUGGACCUAGAGGGGCUGGGAGCUGGGGGCACAGUCAUACAGUGGCUUCGCUUCUUCCUCCUGGGCCGUGUUCAGAAACUGGUGGUGGGGGAUGAGUGUUCAGACCCCUGGGCUCUCACUUGUGGGGUGCCUCAGGGUUCUGUCCUCUCCCCCAUGCUUUUCAAUAUCUACAUGCAGCCGCUGGGAGAGAUCAUCAGGGGGUUUGAGCUGGGUGUUCAUCAUUAUGCAGAUGAUACCGAGCUCUACCUCUCUUUCAAAUCAGAACCAGUGAAGGCGGUGAAGGUCCUGUGUGAGUGCCUGGAGGCGGUUGGAGGUUGGAUGGCGGCUAACAGAUUGAGGUUGAAUCCUGACAAGACAGAAGUACUGUUUUUGGGGAACAGGAGGCGGGCAGGUGUGGAGGAUUCCCUGGUCCUAAAUGGGGUAACUGUGCCCCUGAAGGACCAGGUGCGCAACCUGGGAGUCAUUUUGGACUCACAGCUGUCCAUGGAGGCACAGGUCAAAUCUGUGUCCAGGGCAGCUGUUUACCAGCUCCAUCUGGUACGCAGGCUGAGACCCUAUCUGCCUGCGGACUGCCUCACCAGAGUGGUGCAUGCUCUGGUUAUCUCCCGCUUGGUCUACUGCAAUGCGCUCUACGUGGGGCUACCUUUGAAGGUGACCCGGAAACUACAACUAAUCCAGAACGCGGCAACCAGACUGGUGACUGGGAGCGGCCGCCGAGACCAUAUAACACCGGUCUUGAAAGACCUACAUUGGCUUCCAGUACGUUUCCGAGCACAAUUCAAAGUGUUGGUGCUGACCUUUAAAGCCCUAAACGGCCUCGGUCCAGUAUAUCUGAAGGAGCGUCUCCACCCCCAUCGUUCUACCCGGACACUGAGGUCCAGCACCGAGGGCCUUCUGGCGGUUCCCUCACUGCGAGAAGCCAAGUUAUAGGGAACCAGGCAGAGGGCCUUCUCAGUAGUGGCGCCCUCCCUAUCGAACGCCCUCCCACCAGAUGUCAAAGAGAACAACAACUACCAGACUUUUAGAAGACAUCUGAAGGCAGCCCUGUUUAGGGAAGCUUUUAAUGUUUGAUGUAUUGCAGUAUUUUAAUAUUUUUUUGGAAGCUGCCCAGAGUGGCUGGGGAAGCCCAGCCAAAUGGGCGGAGUAUAAAUAAUAAUCACCCCAUACUAACUCAGCAUGUUUUUCACCUGACAAUCACAUGGUAAAUAGGGCAGCUAUGAGCUGGCUUUUGGGGACAUGUUGAUCCGUCCAUCACAAUUAAACAUUGCAAGUUGUCUCAUUUUGGGAAAGUGUCAGAAUGUGGAUUGAGCUCAGAUACAGAGAGAAAUAAAGAAGAAAAAAUCAUGAGGCCAAAAUAAUUCAGUUUAGGGUAGUUCCACCCAGGGCCGGAUUUAGGUUUGAUGAGGCCCUAAGCUACUGAAGGUAAUGGGGCCCUUUAUAUGUCCAGCUGUCCUUUGUCAACAACAAAUUGUCGCUGUUUUUUGUGUUGAAUAUAUGCUAUAUGGUAAUUUAUGGACCUAAUAAAUAUCUAAAGCCAUUUGCACACAACAAAAUUUGUAUUUUAUCAAAGUAAUUGUUGAACUGAAAUACAAUUAAGAAGAAAGAUAUUAAUAGUGAAAUAAUUAUUAAGCUCUAACUUUAAAAAAUUCCUUUAAAUUUUGGGGGCCCCACUCUCUUGGGGCCCUAAGCUAUAGCUUGUUUAGCUUAUACGUAAAUCCAGCACUGGUUCCACCACAUAGCUGCUACAUAACAAAAUGUUGUGUGCCCACCAAAUAAAAUAUUUUCUUAGCUCUGUAGCAUCUAUAUGUCCCUUUUCAACAUCCUGUUUUCAGCCUUGGCUUGUGAAGAGUUGCAAUCUAUUUUUCCUUUGGCUUUUUCACAUGCCAUGACAUAACAGUCAAAAAUCUGACAGGUGUAUCUUUUCUAAACAUCCAGACACAGAUAUGGGGAUUCUUUGCCUUUUGGAUUUAUGCCUGCUGUACAGCUGUAUAAUUAUUCCUUGACCAUAAAAAGUUGCCGGCCAUAAUGGUAGGGGGUGGAGAGAGUGAAACAAUGGACUGAAAAGUUUCUGUUAGUAGAUUGAAAGGCCUGUUUGAAUGUAAACAAGUUGAGCUUCUGUAUUCUGUAAACUGCCUUCGUGAAUGUGUAGAAAGUACGUUGGCUCACUGCUCUGGCUUGUGGAAUAACACUGUCCUCCCCUGUCUUAAUUCAGAUGGAUGAGAUCAAAGCAAAAGACAGAACCAUCUUCUCCUUGGAGAAAGAGCUGGAGACCCUGACUGGAUACGUUCAGAAGCUUCAACUGCAGAAGGAGGCUUUGGACGAACAGCUCUUCUUAGUAAAGGAGGCCGAAUGUAACAUGAGCAGUCCCAAAAGAGAGAUCCCAGGCAGAGCAGGAGAUGGCUCUGAACACUGCAGCAGUCCUGUAAGAAAGGGGAACAUUUGGGCUUUGACUGGAUGCACUUUGCCCACUUAUUGCAUCAUUUCCACGAGGAAGCAUCCAUUUGUGGUGCAUGAAACGUGCCCUCUUGUGGCUGGCGUAAGACUGCACUUCAAUACGCUCAAUUUAGCACAAUUUGCAAAAAUGGUUAUGGAAGUUAAAGCUUAGCAUUUUUGUAGUACAUGGAAGUGUUCAAAUUUAAAAUAAUCUGUUCAACAGUUCUGUAAAGUGGGGGUGUCGAAGCUGAGAGAUAGUGGCCUACCUACGCCCAUUGCAUUCAUGGCCGAUUCAGGAGAGACCCAUGCAUACUAUGCAACAAUUAUUUCAUUGUUUGAAUGCUUUAUUUUAUGUGAAAUCAUAAAUGAAUUGAAUCCCAGAGGGUGAGAGACAUGGUUUCGGGGGGGGGGGGGGGGCUAAAUGUUUUGUCUUCUUUGGGUUAAGGUUACCAGAUUUUUUUCAAUGAAUCCAGGGACACUUUUCAACUUCCUACCAAAUAGGUGGAUUUUGUCAGGGGGCUGAUAUGUAAAUCUGGGGACUGUCCCUGGGAAACGGGGAGAUCUGGUAACCUUACCUUGGGAUCCAUCAUUUCUGCCAAAGAACCUUGGGCCAGUCACACUUCUCUGAAGUCUCUCAACUCACCUCACAGAGUGUUUGUUGUGGGGGAGGAAGGGAAAGGAGAAUGUUAGCCGCUUUGAGACUCCUUCGGGUAGUGAUAAAGCGGGAUAUCAAAUCCAAACUUCCCUACACAGUCCAGCUGGUAACCAAGCAGCUCUUGCAGUCCAUUUAUCCAGCAAAUGUACAGAACCUGGCAUUUCGGAUCAGCUCAGUUUCUGAGCAACCAUCAAAGGCAGCCCCACAUAGAGCACAUUACAGUUGCCCAACCUAAACCAUGGGUAUGCAGUAGAAUAGACUUACCAGGUCCAGUAGCAUUAGACAGACUAAGGUGGUCGCCUCAGGCAGCUGAACUUUGGUGUCAUGAAAAGGUAGCAAGUUGUUAUUUAUUUCAUUUGCCAUGUGGGGUUCAGGGGAAAGGUGCCUGUGGGAUUUUCUUCCUCAGAUGCCAAAAUAACUUGUCUGGCCUUGGGCACUGCACUGACAGCAGUUUGCCUAUAUGCAGCUGUUGUAUUAAAUGAUUUAAACAUUUCCUUUGCAGGACCUACGCAGAAACCAGAAGAGGAUGGCAGAGCUCAAUGCUACCAUACGGAAACUUGAGGACAGGAACACACUGCUGGUGGAUGAGCGGAAUGAACUGGUGGGUGCUUUUAGCAGUUUUUUCAGCGGGGGUGCUUGAAAGCUGUAUCACAAAGAACAAAAGGACCUAAAAGGGGCCAUGACUUAUUAUUUUGUUUAUUAAAUUUCUACACCACCCUUCAUCCCAGGGUCAAAGGGCGGGUUACAGCAUAAACCAAAUGGAUGAUUUACAUGGCUCCUCAUCACUUUUAGAUGGAAGGAAUAAGCAACACAUGAGUAGGAAAAACAGAGGGCAAACACAAGCACAUUCCCUAAAGAGGUGGGGAAGAUCUCUCCUCCAAGAUUUACUCCAGUGGCAGCCAAUGCAGUUCCCUGCAGAUGUUGUUGGACUCCAACUCCCAUCAUCCCUGACUAUUGGCCAAGCUGGCUGGGGACUGAUGGGAGUUAGUGUCCAACAACAUCUGGAGGACCAGAGGUUCCCCAUCCUCUUUCAAAGCACCUGUAGUGCUCUAAUCUCCCACCCCACCCCCACAAAAAACCCUCUGCCUUCAGCUUUAAUGAAAGUUAGAACUACCAUGUUAUCAUUCCUUUCCUUGCACAGUAGACACCAGCAAUGAGAAACUACUGUAUUUUUUGCACCAUAACACUCACUUUUUUCCUCCUAGAAAGUAAGGGGAAAUGUCUGUGCGUGUUAUGGAGCGAAUGCCUGCGGGUGGCGGGGGGGAUCUGCUGCAGUCGUGAGCACAGGAUCCAUGGCUCCCCUUCCUUGCCUCCUCCGUGGUUACAAUGCAUGGAUCCACAUGGAUCCUCAGGAUUUUUGCAUUGGGCUACUCCAAACUCACUGUCAGAUCACAUGUCUGUGGCCACAGCAUGAACCACAAAAAUCAUAUAUCCACUAUUUUGUUUAGAAUAUUUUUUUUCUUGUUUUCCUCCUCUAAAAACUAUGUGUGUGUUAUGGUCUGGUGCGUGUUAUAGAGCGAAAAAUACGGUAAAUGAAGAAAUGAAGAAAGGGGUUUCUCUUAUGAGUUAUUCUUGUUGUUGCAGUUGAAACGUGUUCGGGAAGCUGAAAAACAAUGCAAACCUCUUCUGGAAAGAAAUAAGUGCCUCUCCAAGAGAAAUGAUGAACUCAUGCAGUCGCUGCAGCGCAUGGAGGAGAAGCUCAAAGCAAUCGCUAAGGAGAAUUUAGAAAUGGUUUGUACUGAGUGUUCAGAACAUAUUUUUUUUCUACUUGUGCAUCGUAAUAUUGGCAGGUUUUUGCCCAUAAGUUUUCUUUGCAGUGAAUUUCUGGGAUUUAACCGCAAAAGGCAAAGCUGACACUUGAUCUCGUUAGUUGAUAAAGGCUUUUCCUUCUUCAAAAUUGAGUGUGAAGAUUUCAGAAACUUGAAACAGGGAAAUUAUCAAUAGCUAAAAACCAGUCAAUUUCAUGCUAACCUUUGUCUGGUUGUAGCUAUGAGAUUGUGACAUUUGACACAUCCAAAUUGAACAUCCUGGUGCAUACAAACUGAGCACGGCAACCUGCAUGCCUAAACUUCUUGCAUUUCACAGACUAAGAAGUUUAUUCUGGCAUAAGCUUUUCAUGGACUACAGUCCAGUUCAUCAGAUACAUGGUCAUAAAGACCAAUGCAAACUUUGUGCAAGCAAAUCAGGAUUAAUACUCAUUAAGCAGGUUGCAUAUAGCAGCAUCCAUGCAUGCAAAUUUACAUGUGAGCCUCCCAUUUCUCACUUAAAGUAUGCUUGCGUUUGUACACAUGAACAUCCAGCACACACACACACACACACACACACCAAUAAUCCCUUUGUGAAGUGGCGGGGGGGCAGCAUUCUUUCCCUUGAACCACACCCCACAGAAGAGAUGUUUGAACCAUUCCCAAGUAAGCUGCCUCCAUUUGCUUCCCUUGAAACUUCUCCUGAAGUUUCUUUGUGUCAAGAGUAAUUGACAAGCAAGAGCAUUGUAAAAAGAACAAGGAAUAGUUUACACAGAUCUGUUUCAAAUCAUUUCCCAACCUGCUCUCCGUUGCACUUUUCUCUUUUGAAAAAACAAAAACUUUGUAAGCAUAUAUCAAAAGAUAUGUUCAGUGAUUCCUAGUCUGCAAGUAAAUGGGUCGGAGUUCAUUUUAAUGAUUUUAUGCAACAGAACUGGAUGUCUAAUUCUCCACGAAGUAAAGUUACAAACAUAAGCUAUUUUUAGCAUAAAUUAAUUUUAAGCAAGGGUGGCGCUGUGGGUUAAACCACAGAGCCUAGGACUUGCUGAUCAGAAGGUUGGCGGUUCGAAUCCCCGCCAUGGGGUGAGCUCCAGUUGCUCGGUCCCUGCUCCUGCCAACCUAGCAGUUCGAAAGCACGUCAAAGUACAAGUAGAUAAAUAGGUACCGCUCCUCCGGGAAGGUAAACGGCGUUUCCGUGCACUGCUCUGGUUCGCCAGAAGUGGCUUAGUCAUGCUGGCCACAUGACCCGGAAGCUGUACGCUGGCUCCCUUGGCCAAUAAAGUGAGAUGAGCGCCACAACCCCAGAGUCAGCCACGACUGGACCUAAUGGUCAGGGGUCCCUUUACCUUAAUUUUAAGCAACAAAUAAAAUCCUAAGUAUUUAUAUUGAGAAGUCCUACUGAUUUUAGGGACUUACUCCCAAAUAAGUGUGUUCAAGUUCUCAGCCCAAAUCACAGAAUCUAACAUUCAUACUAUAGUGCAGGACUUUCAGCUCUAGCAAGGUUUUGUUCAGUUUUCUAAAUAAGGGAGUAUAUCUGCCAUACCCUCAAGACCAUAGCAAGAGAAUACUUCUUGUUUUUUCAGGAACUAUUUAUGUCUACCUAGAAAUGCACAAAGUGGAAAAACUGCAGCCUAACUCCCUGACAUCCAUAAUGAUUUCACACUUAAGGCGGGAGGCAACAAAACAAAACAAAAUACUAAAAAUAGCCAUGCCAGUUUGGAUGUCAGAUUGUAGACACCUGGCAGAAAAUGUUGCUGAAGCAGAAAAUGUUGUUUAAAAGAAAUUUAAAAGAAAUUACUUGUUUUUAAUAGUCAGGGGUUGCUUUUGUUUUGUUUGUUACACAGAAAGAAAAAAUGACAUCACAUCCUCCUCUGAAGAAAUUAAAAUCUCUCAAUGACUUGGAUCAAGCUAAUGAAGAGCAAGAGACUGAAUUUUUGAAGCUUCAGGUUAUAGAACAACAGAACAUAAUUGAUGAAUUGACACGGGUAGGUUGACACUUCUGCAAGACAUUAGAAGUAGAGGAGUAGCUCCUGAAAGCUAUCAUUAUGAAAAAGCAAGAUGGCCUAUAAUUAUGGAAGCAUUUCUCAUAUCCUGAAGUCGGGAGCAAGGCUCCCAGACCACAUAGGAUCAGACAUAGCAAUCCUUUAUUAAUAAUAAUAAUAACAAUAAUAUUUUUAUUUGCAAAUUUAACAAAGAAAAUAAAUUAUAGACAAUAAAAAGAAAAAGAAAUAAUAUAUGAAUAAUAUGAAUAAUAGCAGAAACAACCAUCAGUUCACUUUAUAGAUACAAUGACCAUCAGUUACUGCAUCAAAAGUUAAACAUUAACUUAUAAUAGAAGCCCGCCAGAUGUCCAAAUAGAGAUCAGCACAACAUUGGCAUUUAUAUGGCAUGAAUUAGUCUCCCACUGUUACGGGUUGUGUAUGGAUUUCACCUUGACUUCCGUUCAUGAGUGGGUGCCCUGUUGGCUGGAUGGUGGUGCAGGUGGUGCAGUCUGCUUCAAACUGAACCCACCACGGGCAGAAUAAUCGUGAGGAUUGGUUUUUAAUUCAGGGAUGUGGAAAACUUUCCAGAUUUUGCUGGACUCCAUCUUCUACUAGUCCCAGCCAGCAAGGCCAAUGGUUAGGGAUGACAGGGGUGGCUAACCUUUUUCAACUCACGGCCUUCAUUUCCUCAAGAUCCCACCUUCCAUUGGGUGAGGGCCAGAGACUUCUCAAUGCGGGGAAUAUAUUGCCUGAGCCUGAGCCUGCCCUACCCUGGCACUCACUGUUCCUUGCUCUUCUUCUAUAGGAUAGAGAGAAACUUAUUCGUCGCAGGAAGCAUAAAAGAAGUUCCAAGCCAAUCAAGGUAAGCGAAGCAUAGAAAUGUUUUGGACAAACAGGCUGUGUUGUAUUUCAUUAUUGCAGAGUCCAAUGUCGUGAGUUGCACGCAUUUUGGUGAGAAAGGCACUAGGCCUCGCAGACUUGGUUUUGCCAAUAGAGACAAUGAAUUUGCACAAAUAGCAGCAAAUCCAGGAUGUGCUUGCCAGGGGUGGAGCAUGUGGAGCCAAGAAGAAAAAGGAGCGAAAAAAGCAGAGAUUUGUGAACUUGCACGUUGAGCUCAGUACACUCCUGGACCUCAUCUCCCUAGAGAGAGAGGAGCUGCAAAUCUUCUGCCAGUUGACCAUGCAGAUCCCAUAUGCUUUCCACCCCGGUGAUGUCUUAUCCUUUAUGUGGGAAUAGAAACAUUAUAAUACAAGUGUGCCUUAAAUUCUCGUUGAUCAGUCUGUCUGCAAAACAAUUUCACUUCACUUGGCAAGUUUUAAGUGCUGAUGCCAGUACUUUGCUAUCCAAACCCACAGAUUAAGCAGCUCUGUCAUCUUACAGCAUGACUCAUCUUUCCUUUGAUGUUUUCUAAUUCAAUUAGGAAGUCUGAAGGCACUAAGCUGGGGGGGUGGGGCUGGAUUUAACAUGGCUUACUUCAUAAAGUAGCAGUUACUUUAGCAUUGUUCCUGUGCCUUAGCUCCAACUAAGCCUGUAACCGAGCAUAAGGACAUGUAACUGAAGCAACCAUAUAUUGCUUCCCUGUUUCACCCACACCCCUUCCCUUCCUCUUCUGUUUUCCCUGUGUCAGAUUUUAGAAUGGAGGCUCCUCAGGGCAGGGACCUCAGUUCUUAUAUCUCUGUAAAGCAACAUGCACAAUGAUGGAACUAUGUAAAUACAUUGAUAACAAAUCAGUAGUGGGUGCAACAACAUUGGGUUGUAUACAGCAGCGUCCUCCUGAUCAAGGAAGGCUCUUUGAUCCAUCUGUGAUUCCUGAAUUGCAUGGGGUUAGGCGAGAAAACUCUUGUGGUCCCUUCCAACGCUACAGUUCUGUGAUUUUGUGUGAAGAAAAGCGGGAGGCAAGCGAUUUUCACUGAUUCCCUCUGUAUUCCCCUUUGCCUCCCCAAAUCUGUAAAGGAGGUCGGGGGGACUCUCUGGAAAUGCGUGGAAGGUGGUGCAACAGGGGGCUGCAAGAGAAAGGGCGGCUGUGUGUGAAAAUCACAUCUCUCCCAUUUCCAUUCAUGAAAGCCUGCACUAGAUCAAGCAGCCUUCCCUGUGCAGGGCCCAUUGCUAGCAACUGGAAUCCUGAUGCCCCUAUGCACUGAUUUCAGUGAGAUUUCUCUCACUUGUACAGCACACUGUGAAGCUGCGUCUACAUCAAUGACUGCCACUACUCUGACACUGGGGGGAGUGAAAGGAGGAAUUCUGGUGUACACUAUACUUCUAAAACAGAAACGGGCCCACCAGUGACGCCAUGUUGUGCAGACCCCAGCACAGCAAUCACAUCAGCUUGCUGUCUAGAUUUUGUGGCUCAGCAGGACAUGAUGAAAUAGUCAGUGCAGAGCCAGCCAGGCUGCACCCAUGUGCCUGAAUCAAGAAUGUAAUGACUGGACUUGUAAGCAUGACUGAAUAUUGCCUGUGGUGAUGGAACAAUGCUGGCAGUAUUUUUUCAUGUGAGGUUUUUCCUCCCUUCAGAGGCAUAUAUUGGACACAGUUUAUGGGGGUGAUGAUGACUCCAUGGACUCAGAAACCUCAUCCAUGGCUUCAUUCAGGACAGACAGAACACCAGCAACUCCAGAUGAAGACCUGGAUGAAGUAAGAUAUUUUGCCUCAUACUAUACACCCUGAAGGGCUAGCAGUGGGGACUUCUGCAGUGGCAACAAUUUUUAUUUUUAUUUUUAAGUGACUGAUCGGAAUUUUAAAAACAGGAAGUCUGGGGCAUGGCACAAAUCUGCGCAAAAUGUAGUUGUUUGAUAAGUAUUGGUUGAAUAAACUAUGUGAAACAGAGGACUCUCUUGUGACCUAUUUAAAAUAUGCAUUUAAAAUUGAAUUGGAAAGGGCCAAAGCUCAGUGGUAGAGCAUCUGCUUUGCAGGCGCAAGGUCCCAGAUUCAAUUCCCAGCAUCUCCAAGUUGGGCUGGAAUAGACUCCCUGUCUGAAAUCCAGGAAAGCUCUUGGCUGUUAGUGUCGAUAAUACUGAACCUGAUGAACCAAUGGUGUGAAUCAGCUUAAUGCAGCUUCCUGUGUUCCUAAACGAAAGGUAAACCAUGGAAUGGUUAGCUUCUUGUCAAAGACUACCAUGUUGAGAAAAAAUGUUGUAAAUUUCAGUGAAUUUCUUCACAUUUUUAAAUGUUUUUCUUGCUAAUUCUUUGCCUUGUGUGUCAUUUUGUUUUCAGAAAACAAAUUCCCAGCUUUUUGAAAGCGUGAUAAAAUACCUUCUUUCCAGCUGAAUAAUCCAUUCAGCUGAAUUGACAUGGGCCAAACUACAUGUGAUGUUUAAAACACAUUGAAUUCCACAAUUAUACUUCUGGUUUUUGUUUGUUUGUUUGUUUUUGUUUGUUUGUUUUUGUUUGUUUAAAAAGAGGACUAACAGGAAAGUGUGUGUGUGGAGGAGAUCAGGAUCAGGACUGGGGGGCAAGAGACUUACCUCUUCUCCUGUACCAUUUUCCCACUGAAAAUCCUCCCCUCCUUCCCGCUGCUAUUUGCUCCCAAAGUAAGUAAUAGCAAAACCAGCAAAACCUCAUAGCAGUUGAAGGUGGGACUUUUUCUGCUGGGAAACAGCAUGGGAAAGGGGUCACAUUUCCUGCCCUAAGUUGCAGUCCUGAUAGUUUUGCCCCACCUUGGAAAUGCUGUGAGUUAAAUAGAGAAUUCCAGUCAGGGCAUUCAGAAAUUUGUUUAGCAUCAUGUGCCAUUUGACCAAGUGUUCUAGUAUUGCUUAACUCUCAAAAUAAGCAUGGUGUAUAAAUUGUGGGGGAAAUUUAUUUUGAAAUAUUGUAUCUGGUGUGUUAUAACCAGUCCUUUUUUUCUUAAAAAAAUGUUUAGUUCCUACUCAUAUUGAAAUACUGCCUCUCAAUGAGGCCAAACUUAGAGUCACAAAAUGUUUAGGGGUAUGUGUACCCCUGCAAACAACUACAUUUUAAGUAUGUUUACAUCACAUUUUUUGAAAGAGAACUGAGUGUUUGGUUUUUAAAGGAAACCACAUAUAAGAGAGAAAAUAAGCUACAACAAUACUCUCUUUAGGUUACAUGUAAAUUGUAUUCCCUUAAUUAAAAAAAAAAAAAUUCCAGGAAGCAACAAACAAACCUUUUCCCUUUAAAAAUAUUAUUGAUGGUUGCAUUUUGAUAUGGUGACUCUUUAAAUUUAUGUUCAUUAAACUCCUAAACAAAAUACCAAAAAAUUCUGUGGCUUUCAGCAUGUUAAAAACCCUAUACAAUCCUUCCAAGUUUCUGCAAUAUACAUUCCUACAGUUUAUAACCACCUGAGACUUCCUUUAUUUAUUUCUCUGGCAGAGCUUAGCAGCUGAAGAAUCAGAGUUGCGAUUUCGACAAUUGACAAAGGAGUAUCAAGCCCUGCAGAGAGCCUAUGCAUUACUGCAAGAGCAAACAGGAGGUAUCAUAGAUGCAGAACGAGAAGCCAAGGUUAGCAUUUGCCAUGGGCGACAUUUCUCUAAAACUCAAACAUACACCCCAAACUUAAAAACAGAAGAGGAGGAGGAGGAGAGAUGCUGUAAGAAACUCAUAGCUGUGUCACAUAAUGUUGUGGCUAUUCUUUGUAACAGGCACAGGAGCAGCUCCAAGCUGAAGUCCAGAGGUACAGAGCUAAAAUAGAGGAUCUGGAAAAAACGCUGGCCCAGAGAGGACAGGUAUAUUCUUUUCAACUGGUGUUUUCCGCAGCUGUUUUCACCCAUAGGCAAUAUUGAUUUGCUUUUGCAUAAAAAAGUUUUUAGAAGCAUAGCUUGUUGUAUGGGAAAUAAAUGCUUUGCAUACAUGUCUCCACUAUGUGAAAGGUGACAUGUGAAGACCAUAAGAGAUACACAGAAAACUGUAGCAACACGCCAAAUUGGGUGGUCAUACAUAUGCCACCCAUUAAAUGUAGCUGCUUUCGAUGUCCCACUUCCUACAACACAACUGUGGAUUAAUUUGGUAGUAAAUGCAAUAUAAAGCUGAAUAAGAGUUGAGUCAGCAUGGUGAAAAUAACAUCCAUUAUUUUCUUAGUCAUGGUGGCUUUAAUUACUAUCAUGACUGUGGUUUCCUAUCUCCCGCAAAUGUCAGCCCUUUCAGGGCCAAUUCACGCAAUACAAUUUUCUUCAACCUGCAUUAGUUCCGUUUAACAAAAAACUUGUGUCCAUACACAUAAUAGUGUGUAUACUUCAUUGCAUAUCACACUUCUUUUAAUGUUAAAAUAUUUCUUCCCAUCAAACAGGACUCCCAUUGGGUAGAAGACAAGCAACUUUUUAUUAAGAGGAAUCAAGAGCUUUUGGAUAAGGUAUGUUCAAAACCUGAAUUUCUAGAUUGUACAUCAGUGUGUAGAAUUUGGUGCUGAAAACUAGAUCCACUGUACCUUAUUCUGUCCAGGAUUCCAAAUGCAUGAUAAGAAGCUUUUCAUUUCUCUGCAAAUUCUGAAAACAGUAGUCUUUGCAACAGGUAGGCAAAAAAGCACAGAUAUCAAAACGUUGCUGAAGUUUGCAUAGGAAGAAAGUAAAAUAUAUUAAUUCCAAAAUGCAAGAAAUAAAGAACAAAUAAAAGAUAUUAAGAUGAAACUUAAUUACAAAGAAAGGGCAGUAGUUGUAAUCAAAAAUAAAACAAGAGACUCUCCAACAACAUCAGACAGUAAAAGUAACUUUUAGCAGCAAUUUUUUUCAUCCUUCUUCAGAACUGGACUUUCAGAGCAACUAAGAAUUCUUCCAAUUUUGCUCAAAGGCCAGUCCUUACACAAUGCAUUUAAUAAUAUAAAACAUGAAAACUGAAAAGUCAUCCAAGAAAACUGCAUGAAUCAUCAAAAAUAAUCUUCAAAAGUAUCUCUUAGCCACAAGGAACAAUGAAUCCCUCAAAAGUCCCAAAUCAGCACAUGCAGAUCUUGUUUUAUGUGCCAGGUUGCUUUUGAUAUAUUUCCAUCGAUUUUUAAAGGCAAUUUAUGCUUAUAGCACAUGACCUGUAACCUUUAUAGGCUUUGUUAUGUUUUCCAUUAUCAGGCUGACAACAAAGUUUAAACAGUUGGAUAACUUUAGUUUGGGGAGGGGAUGGAAUAUUGCAGGGGAGAGAGUGGCGGUAACCAACUUCUAAACAAACAUGGUCUGGAAUCUCCACUAAUUAUAUAAUUACAUUUGCCUUAUAGAUAGAAAAACUGGAAAUCGAUAACCAUCGAUUGCAACAGGAGCUGCAGGAUGCCAGAGAUCAAAAUGAGCUGUUGGAGUUUCGUAAUCUGGAGCUUGAAGUAAGACGCCGUGGACCCUUUAUUGCAGAAUGAUUUUUGAUUAUAACUUUGUGUUUGUGGUUUGCUGUUUGGAUGCUGUUAGCUGCUUUGAAUAUUUUAUACAGAAAAACAGAGUGCAGAUACACACAAAAAUAUAAAUGAUCAUUGAUGAACAAAGAUAACUGAACUGGGAAGAGCAGUGUGGAAUAAAAGUUGCCCAGUUCCUUCCUUCCUUCCUUCCUUCCUUCCUUCCUUCCUUCCUUCCCUCCCUCUGAACAAUAGUUGCUGGGAAGCACAAUUGGGGAGAGUGCUGUUAUGCUCAUAUGCUCCUUGCAGGCAUCUCAUAGGCAUCUGGUCAGCCACUGUGAGAACAGAAUGCUGAACUAGUAUUGACCUGAUACAAGCAGAGCUCUUUGUAUGUCCUUAUGUUAAAGAACAACAGAAAUAAUUAGAUGAGUUCACCACCAAGCAUCUUCAGGUACAAACAGUGUGCCACAUUCAAGCUCGGUGUUGCUAUUUCAGGAGUUCCCCAGUACAGUGUCUCACUGAGAAAUUCACCAAAGCAUGAAUUCAGCUAAUCCAGAAUAAAUAACAGGCUCCAGAUCUGUCACAAUCAUCCAUAUGAAUAGUCUUCUUUGAUGUAUGUUGACAAUACCAUUAAUAGCAGAUCGGUUCCCCCUGCUUUGUAUAAUAUCUAAUGAAUAAUAUUUAAUAAAUUUAAAUAUUGUAAGAACAGAUAAAUAAAUAAAGUCAGUGCAUAUUUUUUGAGAACAUUCUUACUGGCGUUUGGUAACCCAAAUAUUUCAUUUCAGAUUAACAUUCUCGUGAUUUUUAUUUUUUAUUUAGUAAAUUUAUAUACUGCUAACUCAAAAAAAAUUAUCUGUUGUUUAUUAUUGAACCUACUGUUCGCUUUUCUUACAAAAACUCAAAGCAGCUUACAAACAUACAUUAAAACAAACAAACCUACAGCAUAUAUCAGACAUAUGCACCAUAGCUCAGCUGUAUAUUUGUCGCUUCAUUUUAAAGGAUGAAGAACAAAUUGCUUGAACAGGGUAAAAAAAGCAAAGUUUUCAUCUGUUCAAUGUACAUAACUCUUCUAAUUCUUACAUAAUUCUUACAUUUUACUUGAAGGAAAGAGAAAGAAGGUCUCCACCGUUUAAUCUACAAAUCCACCCAUUCUCCGAUGGUGUAAGUGCUCUGCAGAUCUACUGCAUGAAAGAAGGUGUCAAGGUAUGUUAGCAUGGAUUCAAUAAAAAAGGAAAGAUCCUAUUGUCUUUCUUUUGGAACUAAUUUCAGUUGUUAAAUUGUUCAUCAAGGUACAAACAAACACAUGAAGAUACAAGCAGUUAGGAUUAUGGUGAUCCCAAUUUAAGCACAUUCAAGGAUCUCAUUUGCAUAGAGUCUGUACAUUUAAUCCAUGACCCUCCAUUAUCCAGUGUAUUAGUCUAUGUACAUGCAAAGACACGUGACCUUUGAGUUCAAGGAAGUUGGGCACUUCAGUGGCCCAACCCUGAUGAGCUCUUCCCAAAGUUAAUUGAACACUUGAGUUUCGCUUUUAUGAACGAAGUCUGUUAGACAGUAGAGCUGGAUAUGAUUUUAAGCACUCUAGUUUUGUUGCUUAUACUGUGAAAAGCCUUGAUCCUUCUGUUCUUAAUAAGUGUUUUUUAUUUUUUUAACAGGAUGUUAGCAUUCCAGAUCUUAUAAAACAGUUAGACAUCUUGGGCGACAAUGGGGUAAGUGAUAUGCAUACCUGACAAGUUCAUGUUAUGUACAGCACCACAAGGGAAACUUGUAAGGCUGCAGAGUAAUGUAGCAACCUGAUUAUAUCAAAGAGGAAAGCAAUAGAACUGUGUUCGUAAUCUCUUUUUUUCAAAUUAGUUUUUAUUAAGGGGUUUGGUUUUUUUACAAAGAAAAUAGAUAAACAGGGAAGAAAACUUUGAAAUGUUUGGUUUUCAAGAAAGGUAUCACCGAAUUGUGCAUUUUGGAGAUAUUUCUGUCAGUUACAAAGACUGGCCUUUUGUGGAUAAGAAAGGUUUUGUCUCUGAUACAGAGUUCUGCACUCACUGCAGACUGUAAUAUCCAUGCAGGCAUGUUUCCCCAUUCAUUCGAAGAGAGAAUGUGAUUUUGCACAGUGCAUCGCAUUGCCUGUACACAAGACUGCUUCCUCCACUUAAGUGAAUGGCGAAAGUCCAUUGGGGCAUGGGAAUACUAAGAUACUAAGAUGUAUUGGAUUAUAGGAGAAACUGAAACUGAAUUCUCUCCCUCAAAGAGAGAGAGAGAGUACCUAUUUAGCAAAUGACUGCUGCUUUUCUCAGUUUUAUCUUUUGCCUUUUGAAAUUUACAGAAUUUAAGAAAUGAAGAGCAAGUGGCCAUAAUUCAAGCUAGCACCGUGUUGUCCCUGGCAGAAAAGGUACUUUUGGGGCACUUGGUGUCUUUAAGUGUACAUGAAUUUAAGCUAUUAAUUGGAAAGCGAUGUAGCACAGAAUGAGGGGGGGAGACUGAAAUAUUAUCUGUCUGUCAAAAAGUAUGUUGUCUUCUCAUAUGAAAGAAUAGAUAAGAGUAAAAUAUGAUUCAGGUGCAUUCGCCACAAAAGGAAACAUUAGUUUGUUCCUGCUUGUUUGUUUUUAAAAUAAUUUCAUUCAUCAAUCCUGUUGUUCAGGUUGGCCUGGUUCUUGGAUAUAAGCCAAAUCAUUUUAUUUUGCGACUGUUUACUACCUUUCAGUUGCCCAAGGCACUGCUCACUUUAACAUUCUAGUUCCAGUAAGAGUUCAUUACAGUUAAGAGUAAAAACCAGCAUUUCAUUGUUCAGAUAAAUGACAAUUUGCUUGGCCUGAAAGCUCCUAGUCUGUGAAUAACAACAGAUUAAUGAGCAAUGUGCACUUUAGCUAGCAGAGUCUGUCCUUGAAAUGAUGAGAUUACUACCCAGAGUGAUGCACACACUAAUGAUUUACAUUAACACAGACUGCCCUUUAAAUGGAGAACAGGUCCGCAAUUGGAUACAUAGGAAGUAGCCGUAUACUGAGAACAUUGAUCCAUCUAGCUCAGUAUUGUCUAUAUUUGACUGGUAGCAGCCCUCCAUCAUUUUUCAGACAUGGUUUUCUCCCAAUCCUACCUGGCACGGAUUGAACCUGCGACCACCUGCACACAAAGCAGAUGCUCUUCUGCUGUGCCACGGCUUCCUGGCACUGAUUCUGCCUGUGCUGUAAAUGAUAAACUGAUGACCUCUGAGCAGAAGCAGAACCACUCAGCCCUUUGAAUGGGAAAAGAUGAGCAACAUCAAACAUGGGGUACCCAGGAAAAAAUAUCUCAAACAUAGAAGACUUAGGUUUGGGAAGAUGGAAGAUGGAAAUAUCCACAAGAACAGACUUGGAAAGAUUUGCACAAGUGUUAAGAAAUAGAACUUGCCUGGACUUGGCUCUUGGACAGGGUUGGGUAACUUGUAGACUUCUACAUAUUGCUGGGUUCCAGCUCCCUUCAACUUCAGCCAUCGUGGCCAAUGGUCUGGGCUAAUGGGAGGUGUAGUCUAGCAACUUCAGGAGGGCCAUAGAGGUUCCCCACUGUUACCCUAGGCCACGUUUUCAGUGCUUGAGAUGUGAACAAAAUGUCUGUGAUUAGGGGUUUCUUUUUUUUAAAAAACACUGGGCGGCCACAGCCUCCUACCACGCUUGGAAGGAAGAGGUAUGGAUCUGAUCUGAGUCCAACAAGGUUUGAGCCUUAAGCACACACACAUACACUUUAUAAAAAUUAAUGGCAAACAACUAAAGUAAGAUAUUUAUUUAUCCACGUUAUGAAAACUUAUAUCCUUAUGGGUUACAGGUUGAGCCACAACCCAGUAUACAAAACCACAUAAACCCAACAUUCUAAAUGUUCUGUUUCAUUCUAUUAUUUCAUUGUGAUGGUCUGCUGCUUUGUUGUUUGCUGCCCUGGGCUUCCUUGGGAGGAAGGAAAUAGGAUAGAAAUGUCAAGAUUAAUAGAUAACAAAUGCAUAGAAUUACAGGUCAGUAAAAUCAGGGCUGUUAUCUGUUAGAAUGCCAUUAACUGCCUUUACAGCUGCUGAAAGAGAAAGCCGUUCAGAAGGCUCCUAUUUCCUUUGUUUCUUGUUUUGACAAGAGUAAUGAAAAAAAGAUGCAAAUAACUUUUUGGCCUUGCUCCUUUUUCUAGUGGAUACAGCAGAUUGAAGGGGCUGAGGCAGCUCUGCACCAGAAGAUGAUGGAGCUGGAGAGUGACAUGGUAGGGGGAAAAACAUAAACUAGACCUUCUUGUAAUUCUUGCAAUCUUUGUCCCACAUAUUUUAUUAUUUAUUUCCUGAAUGAUUCUGAGCAUCAAAUAUGUCCGUUGCUACAGCUUCUUGAAUAAUUAACUUGUGGUUUUGUUUGUUUUUUUCCAAAAUCAUAAUUCAUUGUAGGAGCAGUUCUGUAAAAUAAAAGGUUAUCUAGAGGAAGAACUGGACUACAGGAAACAAGCUCUUGACCAGGCCUAUAUGGUAAGUUGAAAGCAAGAGCUGGAAUGAACACCAGCACAUAGAUCUCAGAACACUGAUUACAUGCACCUCAAUGUAUUUGGGGGUACAUUCUCACGUCAGCAGUUGGAAUUGUGUCUGUGUUUUGGGUUUUUAGAAGCUAGAACAUAUUCCCUGUUGUGGGGGUGGGAGGGAAAGAAAUCAGCCUGAGCUAUGGGUAUCUUGCAUAUGCGAAAGCUCCAUUGCCUACAUGGAGCUUCCGUGGGCAUAAUGGCAGAAAAGGGUGCAUAUUGUUCUCUGUGUGCAAGGUUACAUCUGCUGUUGAAGUGAAUGGGAAAAUCUAAAUGUGACUGUAAGCAUUCACUACAGUACAUCUAAGUGGGUAGGCAGGUAGUUGAUUUUAAACCUUCAUGUAGAAUUGUCAUCAUUUGCGUGGCGAGUUCCCACCUCCCCCCAGUGGAAAUAAAGACACAUGACACAAUUAUUUAGGUUAAUGGGCUAAAAAUGGCCACAACUUUAUUGGUUACAGGUGAUGAGUGGUAUUGGCUUAGGCAUUGGUCCUAACCGACUAUCCAGCGUCAGCCUGUUUGCUUGAAGUCCGGGAAGGCUUAACCACCAGUAGGGGGAGACCUGCUGAUGCACAUCAACUAGGAACUCCCCUGGGGUCACCGCUCGGGGGCGUGUCUUAGGCCCUCACCUCCAUAGGCUUCAGACAGGGCCAUGCCCCCUGGAAUCCUUUACCGGACUACCCUUCGAUAUGUGGGGGAGGUGAUGGCGCUUCCUCCCCCCUUCAUCUACAUAACAAUACCCAUACCAAUGCCUAACCGCCAAUGCCGAGGAAGUUGUGACGAUUUGCUACGAGGUAGGCGAAAAACCAAGUGGCUGGUGCCAAUUUGCCAAGUGGAAAAAAUUCCUACCAGGCCCCUUAAUGGUGACCAACCAAGGUCCAUAGCAAGGUCAAAAGGAAAAACAUAAAGGGCUGGAGAGUAGGAAACCAGAAGAGCUGAGGCGGCAAAAGAGGGAGAUCCCCAGCCGCGCCAGUGUAAUAUAGCACAAGCCACGCCAAUCGGCUAGCCUAGGGAUGACGCGGCCAGGGAUUCCCUCAAUCACGUGGAGGCUGAGAGCCAGUCCCCGCACACGUGGAGAGGGCGUGAAGCCCGCAACUCCACCUCCUCUCGAGUUCGGAAGUGGCUUUACCAAAUUCUAGCGACUAAUUAAAACACUAUAUAUACACAUAUGUGUAGACACACACCGAGAGAGAGAGAGACAAAAAACUAUCACAAACUUUCUGUUUUCAUCUUGACUCCUGCAGUCUAGCCACCUUGUUCUUCUACAUCAUAGUUUUAAAAUAUAUGCAUGAAUAGAAAACUCAGGAUUAUACCUACCCAAGUGGUUUAGUGUGAGGUUAUACACCUUUUCCUCUUCCAUUGCUUAGAGAAUCCAGGAGCUUGAAGCCACUUUGUACAACGCUUUGCAGCAAGAAACAGUGAUCAAGUUUGGAGAACUGCUCAGUGAGAAGCAGCAGGAGGAACUUAGGACCGCUGUCGAAAAAUUAAGACGGCAGAUGCUGAGAAAAAGCAGAGAAUAUGAUUGCCAGAUCUUGCAGGAGAGAAUGGAGUUGCUUCAGCAGGCACAUCAGGUGAGAUUCAGAUGACAGAAGAAAUACUAUUAGGUUUUAUCUUGCAAAAAUUGGCAUUGUUAUCCACUGUUUCAUGGUCAAUGCAUUUGCCCUGUAAAACACCAGCAACAAAUCAGGUAGACCUGUGGAUUUUGCAUCACAUAAGGCACCUCCAUACUGGCAGUAUUUCACAGGAUGGAAUCAUACCAGGAAAUUUAGGUUCACACAAUUAAAGAAUAAAAGCACACUGUCACCCUAGUGCAACAGAUGCACUUAAAAAAAGAAAUGGAUUUUUUGCAGUUAGGAAAGUAAUGCAUUGAAAAGUGGGAAAUGAACCAAUGAUUUACAAAAUAAACAUCCCACAAGCAAAUUAGGAUGAAACUCCAAUAAACAGGUUGUCCGGAGGAACUCCAAGUGGUAAAUAAGUACAUGCUUUACUCACUUUCAGAAAUUAAGGAAACCCAAACUUAUUUUUGACAUUUUGAGUCUGUGAUCGUAUAUUCACUUACUUGGAAGCAAGCUCCAUUUAACUCAAUAGGACUUAUUUCUGAGUAGACACAUAUCAGAUUGCACUGUAAGUAGAGUGCACAUUAACUGCUCACCAUCAAUACAAGGUCUUAAUUUAGAAAUCUUAAAUGGUAUUUUCUCUCUCAAAAUUCAGCAAACCUAAAGUUUCUUUCUCUUUUUAUGUAUGCAUUUUAUUUCUAGAGGAUCAGAGAUUUAGAAGAUAAAACUGACAUCCAGAAGAGACAGAUCAAGGAUUUAGAAGAAAAGGUUGGUUAUUUACAUAUUUUAAAAUGUGUAGAAGUCUAGAUAGUUUAAUAUUUUAUGCAUUCCUUUCAGGUUUAUUAAGUCUAAUUGGUGUGAAAUAAUUGUUCCAUUGCUUUGCAUUUUUCACUCUACAGAUUAAAUUUUGCAGAGGCUUUUCUGUAAACCACUGCCUUUCUAUUGGAAAUCAGCUGUUUCUGUUAGAGCUGAGCCAAAAUACUCCCUCCUUCACUUCAGUGCCCCCAUGACUCAUUGUGGAUAUUUGAAAUGAACAUGUGAACAGGAGUAAAGAAUUUGCCCCACUACCCAGCAAGCAUGGUUCUUGCUCCCCAUUGUUACUGGAUGCUAUUUUGCUUCCUCCCCACCUAGAAGACAUCAGAGUAAAGGCUGAAAACUUUCUGUACCUGCCCUUACUUUGAUUUGGCUUCAGGCUGACACCAUCAGAAUGAGGGCAGGAGCAAAAAAACCCUGACUUUGGCAUCUUCUAGGUAGAAAAGAACUUUGAAGAAUAAUUGUGCUUUGCAGCAACAAGCACAUAAUCACUCCAACACUGGAGAAAAGUGAUAGAGGACUAUGGAAGGAGAAAUAAAUUUCAGGAUACCUUCCAACCCUCCAGGAUGAGUGAAAAAAAUGUUCUUUAAAUAACUUUCAGCUCAGCUCUAGUGUCUAUUUACUGCUAUCCUAUUUUAAAAUUUACAAAGGGAAAGAAACACUGGCCUGAGAUAUUCGUUGUGAUUCAGACUUGCAGAUUUGCCCAUAUUUGUGUAAUGGCUGAUCAAGAGCAGUUUUUGUUUUUAAGUCAGUCAUUGGAUUUUUUUCUUCCUGUUAAUGAAUCAGACAGCUGGUAGUGCACUUCACAGCAGCAAAUGGAUUUUAACUGAAGAAGCCAUCCAGCCUUUAAUCUCUGUGUGAAAAUCAAAGCAAAAUAUUGGCACUAAUCCACCUAUGCCAUCAUGCUGGAAAUCGUUUCAGGGAAAAGAAUCAACCCAAAAGAUUUUCCAUCUUGGUUAAGCAUGAGUAGUUGAUGUUCAUAAUACAAAGGCUUUCCCUAUUUACUAUUUUUGCAUGACCAAAAUGUAUCAUUCUAUCAUUUUGCUAGUACAGAUUUAUACAGGCUGUCCAGUCUUCCACUCUAACCCUGUGUUGUGAUCAAGACAUGGGAGCUCCAGUGCACCCAAGGAAAUAAAAAUUGCACAGCAACACCCAUUCUUGUGCCCACAAAUUGGGUCCUUUCAGUGACAUGAAUUUUGAUUCCUACAUGUGCAUCUGAGAUCACACCUCUUUAUCAGAUCAUAAAUCCCCAACUAUUCAAAGUCAGCCUAACAGGCUGAUUUCCAUGGAAACCUGCCAAGCUACUAAGCACGAGGCCUUUACUAAUGAUUUGUGCCAGUUAAAUGUUAACAAAAUAGAUGCAACCCUAUAGUCUAAGUGAUGUAUCACUUCCAGGAGAAAAGGUUUACUGGAAGUAUAAUCAUUAUAAUCACAUGUCUAAUGGAGUUAGAUGCUUAUCACAUACAUCAUAGUGAAAAUAAAUAUUAUAUCCCCGAAAAAUAAUGUGUUCUUUCCCUCUUCCUCUGCAGUUUCUUUUUCUGUUCUUGUUCUUCUCUCUUGCCUUUAUUCUUUGGCCUUGAUGUCAAAUGUGCCUCUUGAAAGGUAAGACUGCUUUCUUUGUUUUCCCUUAAAAUACUAAGCCACACACAUACCUCUUUCUAGGUUCUUAUCCAAAACAGCACAACUGAAUAUCUAAACCAAUGUUGAUCCAGAAACAAGAUCAAUCAAGUGUGUUUCAGACCUUCUACAAAGGGCCAUUUCAUACAUUAUGCAGAGGCCAACUUGAGUUUUCCACAGGAAGUUGCAGCCAACCUCAGCUCCCUGAGUGGACCUUUCUGUUGUAUGUGUUUGUAAACACAUUUAUUGCACUCAGACUUUACAUUAGAUGGUUGCUGUAAUGUGUGGUGACCCUAAGGAAAUGUGGAAUGUUGCCUUUGUCCAGAAUAUAUUAUUGUUUGGUUAUAACCUUUGUCCUCUGUCCAGCAAUCCUUCCCUCAUUAUUAUCCAUAGCACCAGCUUUUGGUAAUAUAGCGUCUGAACCGUAAGUCAUCAUUUGGAGUGACUAGCUUAAGAUGCAGAACAACAACAACAGGAAAAGAUUUCAUGGUUUGACUUCUCUUUAUGUCUUUAGAGUAUAAUAAACUAAUAGCUACUCACCUAGACUGAACUGUCUUUGAAGACACUAUCAAAGUAGAAAAAAUACCCCCAAAUUCUAAAUUUAAAGAUUGGUCUCUUCUAAAUAAAUAUAAAGGAAGACACAUAUCUGGUUGCUCUCCUUAUUAACAGUUGACAUUUUACUUUGAUUUGUAUAGGUUGUAGCAAGCUGCCAGCACUCGCCACUAUGCCCCACUCUCUCCAAACUGGUGUGGGAGAUGAGCCAGGAAGGUCACAAGUGUCAUCGCCCACUAUGAUGACAUCACACGUGGGUGCUGUUUGCUUACCAGCCAGCACCAUGAUUGCUGCCAGCUGGGCAAGAGAGGGCCUAACUGGGCAUUACCUUAGAGCCAUGUAAAUGGUCCAGAGAUGCUUAGAAGAGGGAGGAGAUGGAAGGAGAGGGGAGAGCAGAGAGACUGGAAGUGGGUACUACUCUUUAAUUAGGGAGGUCAUUUGAAUGGUGCCCUUUUACCAGACGUGCUUUUCUCUUGCUUUCUAGAGUGAUUGACUAUACAGAAAAGUCCUCAAAGGGCAGAUGCUUCCAAACACACGAAGAAGAGAACACUGUUUACAACCAUUGCAAAACAAAGCAACACUCUGUCACCGAGAGACCACACCCACCAUGUAGUUUUAAGCCAUUACUUCAAGAUUUGUUACUUGACAGUUCCCUGUCUAAAGCUACAAGAUAUGCUGCACUUAAUAACAUUCUAUAAGGAGGGAGACAAAUAUGCCAUCAGCAUAUAUCACUAGGAUUUUUAUUUUAUUUUUUAUGGUGAAGAAUCAGCAAGCAAACCACAUUCAGUCGAUUGAGUAAAGGUAUGCCAGGCAAGGAACCAAAGUUACUAUGAACAAUCUAUCCCUGCUGUGCAGGGGGGUUAUUUUAAACACGGACACCAACUUCCCAUGAAAGUCAUCGACAAUAAAGGGGACAGAGCAGAAGAAACGUAUCCAGGACUCUUAAGGGGACAGUGACAAUAAAACAGUUGAUGUGGAAAGUCUGGCUUUCUUAAUACAGG